CAAACGUUUGCCAAUAGGUGUCCUCAGACUCAAGUUUUGUUUGAACCCAGAGUGUCUUCACCAACUUCAGACACAACCAAUCAAGCCCUGAAAGGGGAGCCGACUACUAUCGUUUGUGUCCAGUGACAUUAUGUGGGGCCUGAGCCGGGUGCUGAGAGAUGUCCCUGGGGCAGUGCGGCUGGCCUGUCAGCGGAAGGCGACCAUACAGUGCAGCAGGGGACUGGGCUCAGUGAGUGUGGAGCCUGGCCGCAGUGUGAGCCCUGUGAGUAUCUGACGUUCUAUUCCCGAAUGUUACACGGCGCAGCGUUCUGUAGAGACUCACACAGCGGGAAGCCUGGGUCUAUCUCUCAUAGCCUGGGUCAUACCCACUGCUCUGUGACACUGUCACGUGGUGCUAAGGACAUGGCCUCCCUGGCCAGAGACAUACAGCUCAUACACUUUACAAUGACUGUUUAGUCAGACUUGUUAUUAAUGGUCAUAUUGAUUAAACAAGUAUUCUAAGAAAACAAUCUUCCAAUAACAGCGUAAUUAAAAGGGAAUUUUAGAGACCCAUAACAAGUAGAAGGUAUUAUUGCUGCAUGUUAUUGUCGAACGUAUACAUGUUAUAUAACACACCAUGUGCUACCAGGAUAUAUGGGCAGUGCUGUAAGAUCUGAAAAAUUCACUAAGGAUAGCCAGUCAGAACACGUGAAAGGAUAAGUAAACCUGUGUGGUAAAACUAGUCUGCGGUUAUUUGUUUCCAUAUUCAGCUGCUUAUAACUACCAGUCUUAUUAUGCUCUUCAAUACUAAGAAAUAAGUGAGCUUUCUGCAAAUCAAAUGAGUAUGUUUUUCCCAAAAGGUGAGGCACACGGUAGGUGUCACUGUUUAAAACAAAUAAAAAUAAAAUUCUUCUACACUCCCUAUUAGAAAUAGUAUUUGCAUCUUGACAUUAUUUUUUUAAAGGAACACUAUAGUCACCUAAAUAACUUAAGCUAAAUAAAGCUGUUUUAGUGUAUAGAUCAUUCCCCUGCAAUUUCACUGCUCAAUUUACUGUCAUUUAGGAGUUAAAUCACUUUGUUUCUGUUUAUGCAACCUUGCCACACCUCCUCUGGCUAUGAUUGACAGAGCCUGCAUGAAAAAAAAAAACUGGUUUCACUUUCAAACAGAUGUAAUUUACCUUAAAUAAUUGUAUCUCAAUCUCUUAAUGGGAGAAAAUAAGAAAUUUAGUUUUUUUUUUUAGUUCUACAUGAUAUCUUAACUGUCAAUAUCAUAAUACUGUUUUCUUGUACUGCAAUAAAAUACACAUUUGUAUUCAGCAAAGUCUCACGUGUAAAACAGUAGCCCCUAUGUGCAGGUUUUAUGGUGUUUUGGGAAGUUACAGGGUCAAAUACAGAACGUUACAUUUGAAAUUGAAAUUCGCCAGAUUGGUUACGUUGCCUUUGAGACUGUAUAGUAGCCCAGGAAUGAAAUUUACACCCAUAAUGACAUACCAUUUGCAAUAGUAGACAACCCAAGGUAUUGCAAAUGGGGUAUGUCCAGUCUUUUUUAGUAGCCAUUUGGUCACAAACACUGGCCAAAGUUAGCGUUAUAUUUGUUUGUGUGUGAAAAAUGCAAAAAGCCAAUUUUGGCCAGUGUUUGUUACUAAGUGGCUACUAAAAAGACUGGACAUACCCCAUUUGCAAUACCUUGGGUUGUCUACUAUUGCAAAUGGUAUGCCAUCAUAGGGGUAAUUUUCAUUCUUGGGCUACCAUAGGGUCUCAAAGGCAACGUAACCAAUCUGGCGAAUUUUAAUGUGAAAAAAAUGAAACACUAGCCUUCUAUUUGACGCUGUCACUUUUGAAAACACCAUAAAACCUGUACAUGAGGGGUACUGUUGUACUCGGGGGACUUCGCAGCAAUAAUAUCGUCCGUGUAAGUGCUGUUUGUGUGUGAAAAAUGCAAAAAUCGUCACUUUUACUGGCGAUAUCAUCGUUGUAAUACAUUUUACUGUUUUGAAACACUAAUAAUUGUGUUCAGCGAAGUCUCCCGAGUAAAACAGUACCCCCCAUGUACAGGUUUUAUGGUGUCUUGGAAAGUUAUAGGGUUAAAUAUAGUGCUAGCAAAUUAAAUUCCCUAUACUUUCGGCAUGGGUUGUCAGGCAGGUCCCGCUAAUUUGUAAUUAAUUAAGAUACCUAAUUAUGUAAAAAUAUUACAUAAAUAUAUAUGUAGAAUUAGUGUGUGUGUGUGUGUGUGUGUGUAUGUGUGUGUGUGUGUGUAUAUAUAUAUAUAUAUAUAUAUAUAUAUAUAUAUAUAUAUAUAUAAUAUUUUUUUUACAUUAUUUAUAUAUAGGGGUGUAUGUGUGUGUGUGUGUGUGUGUGUGUGUGUAUAUAUAUAUAUAUAUAUAUAUAUAUAUAUAUAUAUAUAUAUAUAUAUAUAUACACACACACACACAAUAUACGUAUAUAUUUAUGUAUAUAUAGAUAUAUAUAUUAUUUCGUUCUAUGUGUAUUUUGAUAUAAAUAUAUAUAUUAUCACAAUACAGUUAGAACGAAAUAACACACAUCUAUAUUUUUUUAUUAUUUAAUUUUAUUUAACGUAUUUACAUAUUUUUUGUAAUAUAUAUAUAUAUAUAAUAUUUAAUCUGUAUCAGUCUACAUGUAAUUUGAUAUUAAAAUAUAUUGUAAAAUACACCUAGACAGUGUGUGUGUGUGUGUGUGUAUAUAUAUGUAUGUAUGUGUAUAUAUAUAUAAUUUAUUAUUUUUUACACUGAUUUUAACUUUAUUUUAUUUCAUUUCCAGCCAGCAGGGGAACUAACUGUCAUUACAGGCAGUCCCCCUGCUGGCAAUGCAGCAGCCAGCUAACCCGGCCAUGUGAUUGUGAGGUCCUCACAAGGACCUCACUCUCACAUGGCCGGGGGGGGGCCAGAGGAGGCAGGAUCCGCUGCGGGGGAUUCCCUGGGAUCCCAGGUGAGUCUCCCCAACCGCGAUCGCCUGCGUGGGAUCACCGGCGACCGGGUAAGUAAAAAAAACCAGAGGGCGUACUAUUAUGGGGAGGGGUACAUGCAUAACAUUUAACACAGCCCAUAUACAAUAAUAAUAGCAUCUUGCUUUUUGACAUUAUUGAGUAAGACAUGAAAUAAUCUGCAGAGUGUUUUGCAGUACUAAAUGAGGAAAUUAUAGUCCUUUUAAAUUUGUGUGACUUAAUAAACUAAUUCAUAAAUACUACAUGUUAACAUAUUUGAAGAAACAAAAAGAAAAAAUCAGUGCUAAACUGCCACAUAUUAUAUUUUAUCAUCAUUUUAUAAUAUAUAUUUUAUUAUACGUUUUAGGCGCACCCUCAUUGUGUUUUCUUGUGUUUUAUCUUAAUGUUAACAUAUUUGCUUGUUUUACCUCAUGCCAGUAUCAUACCUUCAAGCGCAUACUUAGGUUUGUAAGCAGUAAACGAUGACAGAUGACAGAAUAUUUGGUUCAACCCAUUGACAUACCUGUAUAUAUAAUACACAGCAAUCCUGUUUUAAUACAAUACUUUUAUCCAAGUUCCGUUACUAAGUGGCAAAGCUUGUCUCCCUAUCCCAUCUGCUAUUUUAUUUAUUUUCCUUCCCUUGAAGGGUCAGUGUGCGCAUGUGCUCUGAACUGGUAAAUAAAGUCCAAUCAAAGGCUUCUCAAUGAGAAUUCUUUGAUUGGACCUCUCUGUGACUCUCACGACGUCACAAGGGGGCAUGCCAAGCAGUGCCGUGAGCUUUGCCCAGCGCCCAAUAAAGGUAAGCUUUAUUCUAGAAGUGUUUUUAAACAGACAAAAAAAAAGGGGUGGAGUACUCUUUUAAGAGAACCCCUGAAGUAGAUGGGUUAUACUCCCAAUUAACUUUAUUGAAUGAAUGUUAUUCAAUUAGACUCAAAUGACAUAAUGAAAAAUAAAAGUUAACAUUUAUUAAAAAUGUCUGCAAAUGUUUGGUGAUUUAAAUUACCACCUAAGUAACGCCUGGUAUUUUAGUUUUAACCCUGCAAUGUAAAACAUUGCAGUUUCUUUAAAAACAGCAAUGUUUACAUUGCGGAAUUAAAGGACCACUCUAGGCACCCAGACCACUUCAGCUUAAUUAAGUGGUCUGGGUGCCAGGUCCUUCUAGGGUUAACCCAUUUUUUCAUAAUUAUAGCAGUUUCAGAGAAACUGCUAUAAUUAUGAAUGGGUUAAGCCUUCCCCCUAAUCCUCUAGUAGCUGUCUCAUUGACAGCCACUAGAGGCGCUUGCGUGCUUCUCACUGUGAUUUUCACAGUGAGAGCACGUAAGCGUCCAUAGGAAAGCAUUGUAAAUGCUUUCCUAUGCGACGGGCUGAAUGCGCGCGCAGCUCUUGCCGCGCGUGCGCAUUCAGCCGGCGGGGCGGAACGGAGGCGGAGAGGAGGAGGAGAGCUCUCCGCCCAGCGCUGGAAAAAGGUAAGUUUAAACCCCUUUUCCCCUUCCAGAGCCGGGCGGGAGGGGGUCCCUGAGGGUGGGGGCACCCUCAGGGCACUAUAGUGCCAGGAAAACGAGUAUGUUUUCCUGGCACUAUAAUGGUCCUUUAAGUCACACUGACAGCCUGUCACGACUGCUAGUGUGGUCCAACACGCAGAAACUAUGUAAACUUAUACAUAGAAAUAAGAAAGGAAAUAAAAGGACAGAACGCAAACUGGACCUUAGAAUGGCCGGACUAAUACGUUAGAGACAGAGAAUGGUCAAAGGGAAAGCCGAGGUUAAGGAAGCCAGAAAUACACAAUACCGUUUAAACAAGCCAAGUCAGGGGAACCAGAAAUCGUAAUAACCUGGAACAGCCAAGAUCAGAAUACCAGAAUAUCAAUAUCACAGGGAAAAUCACACUCUCAGGAAACCAGGAACAGGAAACCACGACAGGCCAAGGUACUGGGGCAAAUCAGGGAUUUAAAUAUCCCUCUCUGGGCUCUGAUUGGUCAGAGGGUGGGCUCUGAUUGGUCAGAGGGUGACCCCAGAAUGUGCGCGUGCGUUGACAUCGUGACAUCACGCGCACGUCUGUAUAACUUUUAGGGGCGGAGCCUUUGGACGCGACCGCAUGGUCAGCGCUAUCUUUGGUUUGGGCAAACUGCCCAGAAGACGUGGAGGAGCGGUUCCCGGCUCGCCGACGAGCAGGUAAGCUUGCUUUAUCGGUGCGGUUGUGCCAGUCGGGCACAGACGCACCGUGCGGCGGGCCGGGAGCCUUAACAGUACCCCCCACUCGAAGACCGCUCACCGGGCGGGAAGGAGCCGGCUUGUGAGGGAAACGGUUGUGAAAUAACCGGACAAGACGGGGAGCAUGAACCCGGUCAGCAUGAACCUAACUACGUUACUCUGGGCCAUAUCCCUUACAAUCAUCCAGAUAAGACAGGACGCCUCUAGAGAACUUGGAGCCUAAUACUGAUCGUAUUUUUCCAGCUUACAGUAUAAGCCGUUCUUUAACAGGGUUCUUAGUAUGAUUCUCACAUGUUCGUGAUGAGUUUCUAGGUCUGGGGAAUAGAUUAGAAUGUCGUCUAGAUACACUAGUACGAACAUGUGGAGAUACUCUCUAAGGACAUCAUUAAUAAAGACGUGAAUUACUGCUGGGGCGUUGCAUAGGCCAAACGGCAUAACCAGGUAUUCAUAAUGUCCCAUUCUUUUAUUAAACGCGGUCAUCCAUUCAUGCCCUUCCUUAAUUCUUACUAGGUUGUAUGCGCUCCUUAGAUCGAGUUUUGUGAAUACUCUGCCACCUCUCAACCUAUCAAAUAGUUCAGAAAUCAUAAUUUUAUUUAGACCCCUAUAAUCCAUACAAGGGCGUAGGUCUCCUUUUUUUGAAACGAAGAAGAACCCAGCCCCAGCUGGUGAAGAGGAUCUUCUUAUGUGACCCUUUCUGAGAGCAUCCUUUAUGUAUUCUUCUAAACAAAGGGUUUCUUGGGGAGAUUAUGCAUAAACUCCUCCUUUAGGGGGCAUAGUGCCAUAAUGGCACAGUUGUAGGGACUAUGUGGAGGUAAUACCUCCGACUGAACCUUGUGAAAUACUUCUUUUAAGUCCAAAUAUUGCGGUGGGAUUCCUGUGGUUAAGGGAGGUGCUAUAGGUACACUGAUGGUACCGAUUCGUUUUGGCACCUGUUUUAAACAAUGACCUCUGCAACUCUCUCCCCAACUUACAAUCUCUCCUUCAACCCAAUCUAAACAUGGAUUGUGUUUCUGGAGCCAAGGAAAACCGAGUAUUAUUGGACAUGUUGGCGAAGAUAUGAUUUGGAAAACCAUUUCUUCUGAAUGUAAGACACCUACUGAGACAGUGAUUGGCAUUGUUUCGUGUGUGAUGAGAGUUUGAGUAAGGUCUCCCAUCGAUAGCCCCUACUGCUAUGGGUCUGUCUUUCUGCCUUAGAGGCAGAAGAUGUUUGGCAGAAAAUUCCUUAUCAAGGAAAUUCUCCGCUGCCCCAGAGUCAGUCAUGGCCUCAAACUGAGCAGUAGUUUUCUUGCAAGACAGAGUAAUCUUUAUAAGGAAGCGGUUCUUAGUCAAUUUAGGGGACAUAUACAUCACACCUAAGGUCGGUCCCCGAACGUGCCUUAGGUGUGCAAGUUUUCCGGCCAAACCAGACAUGAAAGCCUUCAAUGUCCUCUCUUGCCACAAUACAGGCACAACCCCUCGUUGCGUCUGUGUUGUCUCUCCGCAUCAGUCAGUUUGGUAAUGCCCAAUUACAUGGGUUCAGCUUCUGAAGGUGGAGCAGGACUAACAAUCACUGGGUUAGAGAAACAAGGAGCUAUAGACAAGUUUGUACGUCUAGUACGCUGUUUAUUUUUCUCCCUCUCUCUGAGCCUGUUAUCAAUGUCAAUUAUGUAUGCAAUAAAAUCAUUAAGAUUAAAGGACUACUAUAGUGCCAGGAAAACAUACUCGUUUUCCUGGCACUAUAGUGCCCUGAGGGUGCCCCCACCCUCAGGGACCCCCUCCCGCCCGGCUCUGGAAAGGGUAAAGGGGUUAAAACUUACCUUUUUCCAGCGCUGGGCGGAGAGCUCUCCCCCUCCGAUCUUCCUCUUCUCCUCCCCGUCGGCUGAAUGCACACGCGCGGCAAGAGCUGCGCGCGCAUUCAGCCGGUCACAUAGGAAAGCAUUCAUAAUGCUUUCCUAUGGACGCUGGCGUGCUCACUGUGAAAAUCACAGUGAGAAGCACGCAAGCGCCUCUAGCGGCUGUCAAUGAGACAGCCGCUAGAGGAAAUAGGGGAAAGCUUAACCCAUUCAUAAACAUAGCAUCUGAAACUGCUAUGUUUAUUAAAAAAUGGGUUAACCCUAGCUGGACCUGGCACCCAGACCACUUCAUUAAGCUGAAGUGGUCUGGGUGCCUAGAGUGGUCCUUUAACCUGAAGGUCUCUGGCUGCAGUCUCAUCUUGUAUAUUUUCCGCUAAACCUCCAGAAAAAGCAUCCACCAAACCACUAUUGGUCCAGUCAACCUCAGAUGCUAAUGUCCUGAACUCAAUGGCGUAAUCAACUACAGAGCGGGUGCCUUGUUUUAUUCUCAUUAAGGCUCUGGAAGUGUUUUUUUUCUCUCUUCGAUUUGGUUAAGGAAACCUCUGAAUUCUUUAGAAUCACUUCCAAAACGAGGGGGAGGUGAAAGGGUUAUGGAUGGAGGUUUAUAUACUAGAGGUGCAGGUAUAGGUGGCGGAGCUACAGGUGGUACCGGGGGUGCCUCCAGAUAAGCAGUUCUUUGGAGCAAGGUCUGGAACGCUUGGGCAAGCUGAUCUAACCUGUGGUCCAUAUCCUCCACCCUGUUCUCACAGGCUAUCUCAUGUUUACAUAGUUCUGCAGGAUCCAUGGCCCUGUCGUAAUGUCACGACUGCUAGUGUGGUCCAACACGCAGAAACUAUGUAAACCUAUUGUAACGGAUCACCUGGCAGCCCGACUGGGUACCUCCGUUGAAGGAUGCUCCUAGCGCUUCCUGAGGACUCCAAGCACUGCAGCAGACACCACAACCACCGAACCGGAGAAGCAUAUGAAUCCUCUCAAGCAUAUGAAUGCUGUAGACAGUUGAAUAGGAACCAUACGAAUAGGUUUACUCUCCUAGCAGUCAAACUGGAACACCAUCUAAUAAUUCCUUCCCCCAAUAAUCAGACGACACUUCACUUUGAGGGUUAAAACAGGAACUCUCUGUAAUGGCCACACACUGGCUUUUAUGCAAGUCCCCAUGCAAGGGGACAUCCCACAGGGUGGGACACAGUACAACCAAUCGUUACAGGGGAACCAUAAAACACACCCACAUUUACAUCCCAAUCCCUCCUCUCUGUCCAGGAGAUAACUGUGAAGUAAUCCAAUUAUCUCCCAGGACAGAGGCAAGACUCCAUUAACCACAUGGCAGUAACAAUACAAUAAAAGACAUAAAAUUACAUACAGUUACAUUUAUUCCAUAAAACAUAGACAUUCUACAUAUCCCCAGAUAGCUUAGAUCUGAGUGCACAUUACUACCGAAUGGCGCUCAGAUCACAUAAAUACAGUUCAAUCGCCAUGGAGCCAAAGUCUUUCAUACAGUCUUUCAGUAUACGGCUGGGCUCCAUGGCAUAGCUAUCUGGGGUAGCAUGGCUUUAACAGUCUACAGAAAGGCAUGAAUACGCUUUGCAGGGAAAACAAAAGGUUUUAACUGCCGGGCCAUAGUCUAAAGGGAGCAGGCGAGCAACCAGGCUCCUCCAGUGGACAGUGGCGAGGCUGGUUUCCCCACAUUUCUCCCCUUUACCAUCCAGACUAACAGGGUAUCUGACCUCCUGUCGGUCAGUGCCCUGGUUAGUCCAGCAACCCACCCACGAAGAACAAACAGCAGUACCUCCCACCCACAAUAAAUGUUUACUCCACCUGGAUAAAGUAGCAGCUUGUCCAGGUCCAGGUUCCUCACCACGGCUGUGCGGGGAGCUGGUAGACUGCCUUGGUGGGUUGCUGAGUGGGCAGAGACCAGCGGUACUCUGCCCUGGUGCCAGCGCUACCACUGAAGUAACCUGGUUGGAGCCUGGUUGUGGGAGGGGGAGACCGACCGUCUCCCCUCUGGGUACACAGCUCUGGGGCUGGGGGACAGGACCGACUGUCCCUACCCCUUGUGCUGCAAGUGCAAAGACUACGGUCCCAUCUGCACUGUUGGGGGGUGUAACAUCUCCCCUUGGUGGGUUAGGCUGCCGCUGGAGAGAGGGUGUAACAAGCUCCUCUCUCUGAACUGUAACCUGCCACUGGGGAGAGGGGGUAGCAGGCUCCUCUCCCUGACACUCUCUCUGCUGGUGGUGAGGGGGGAUCCAGCUGUCUCCCCUUUCAAUAUUUUGUCCUGCUGCUGGGGUGCGAGACUGAUGGUCUCUGCUCCCUGCAGGACACUCUGCCGCUGGGGAGGAAGGACGAUACCUUCAGCUCCCUGGGAUACAAUCUGCCGCUGGGGAGGAAGGAUGACACCUUCAGCUCCCUGGGACUCACUUGACCGCUGGGGAGAGGGACCAACUGUCUCCUCUCCUAAGAACACACACUGCCGCUGGGGAGGAAGGACGACACCUUCAGUUCCCUGGGAUACACACUGCCGCUGGGGAGGAAGGACUGCACCUUCAGCUCCCUGGGAUACACACACUGCCGCUGGGGAGGAAGGACUGACACCUUCAGCUCCCUGGGAUACACACUGCCGCUGGGGAGGAAGGACUGCACCUUCAGCUCCCUGGGAUACACCUGCCGCUGGGGAGGAAGGACUGCACCUUCAGCUCCCUGGGAUACACCCUGCCGCUGGGGAGGAAGGACUGCACCUUCAGCUCCCUGGGAUACACACUGCAGCUGGGGAGGAAGGACUGCACCUUCAGCUCCCUGGGACUUACUCUGCCGCUGGGGAGGAAGGACGACACCUUCAGUUCCCUGGGGUACACACUGCCGCUGGGGAGGAAGGACUGCACCUUCAGCUCCCUGGGACUUACUCUGCCGCUGGGGAGGAAGGACGACACCUUCAGUUCCCUGGGGUACACCUUUGAGUCCCCGUAACGCACUCUGCCACCGGAUAGGGCGGCCGAUACCUUUGGCUGGAUCUGCCAUGAACUGCAGGUACUCGUCUACCUGGCUCCUUACGAGCUGCACGUAUUUCUUCGGGGGGUUGGGUCCAAAGAAAGCCAGCCGCAUGGUAAACUCUCUGUCAUACUGCUCCUGAGUGUAGCUGGGUGCCAUGCUUGCACUGCUGAAGUUGGUUCUUUUGUAGAUAGGGUCGCUGUACGGGUACUGGCGUUGCCCUCAAUUUGUAAAUCCACGAACUGUGUCUCUGAGCUGCUUUACCUCGCACUAGGACGCCAUCCCACCGCUUGCCACCAAUGUAACGGAUCGCCUGGCACCCCGACUGGGUACCUCCGUUGAAGGAUGCUCCUAGCGCUUCCUGAGGACUCCAAGCACUGCAGCCACACCACAAUCACCAACCAGAGAAGCAUAUGAAUCCUCUCAAGCAUUUGAAUGCUGUAGACAGUUGAAUAGGAACCAUACGGUCAGGUUUACUCUUCCUAGCAGCUCGGAACAGCAUACACAAAUCCUUUUCCCAAUAAUGAGACUCCAUUAAUUUUUGUUUUGAGGGUUAAAACAGGAACUCUCUGUAAUGGCCACACACUGGCUUUUAUGCAAGUCCCCAUGCAAGGGGACAUCCCACAGGGUGGGACACAGUACAACCAAUCGUUACAGGGGAACCUUAAAACACACCCACAUUUACAUCACAAUCCCUCCUCUCUGUCCAGGAGAUAACUGUGAAGUAAUCCAAUUAUCUCCCAGGACAGAGGCAAGACUCCAUUAACCACAUGGCAGUAACAAUACAAUAAAAGACAUAAAAUUACAUACUGUUACAUUUAUUCCAUAAAACAUAGACAUUCUACAUAUCCCCAGAUAGCUUAGAUCUGAGUGCACAUUACUACCGAAUGGCGCUCAGAUCACAUACAUACAGUUCAAUCGCCAUGGAGCCAAAGUCUUUCAUACAGUCUUUCAGUAUAUGGCUGGGCUCCAUGGCAUAGCUAUCUGGGGUAGCAUGGCUUUAACAGUCUACAGAAAGGCAUGAAUACGCUUUGCAGGGAAAACAAAAGGUUUUAACUGCCGGGCCAUAGUCUAAAGGGAGCAGGCGAGCAACCAGGCUCCUCCAGUGGACAGUGGCGAGGCUGGUUUCCCCACAUUUCUCCCCUUUACCAUCCAGACUAACAGGGUAUCUGACCUCCUGUCGGUCAGUGCCCUGGUUAGUCCAGCAACCCACCCACGAAGCACAAACAGCAGUACCUCCCACCCACAAUAAAUGUUUACCCCACCUGGAUAAAGUAGCAGCUUGUCCAGGUCCAGGUUCCUCACCACGGCUGUGCGGGGAGCUGGUAGACUGCCUUGGUGGGUUGCUGAGUGGGCAGAGACCAGCGGUACUCUGCCCUGGUGCCAGCGCUACCACUGAAGUACCUGGUUGGAGCCUGGUUGUGGGAGGGGGAGAACGACCGUCUCCCCUCUGGGUACACAGCUCUGGGGCUGGGGGACAGGACCGACCGUCCCUACCCCUUGUGCUGCAAGUGCAAAGACUACGGUCCCAUCUGCACUGUUGGGGGGUGUAACAUCUCCCCUUGGUGGGUUAGGCUGCCGCUGGAGAGAGGGUGUAACAAGCUCCUCUCUCUGAACUGUAACCUGCCGCUGGGGAGAGGGGGUAGCAGGCUCCUCUCCCUGACACUCUCUCUGCUGGUGGUGAGGGGGACCAGCUGUCUCCCCUUUCAAUAUUUUGUCCUGCUGCUGGGGUGCGAGACUGACGGUCUCUGCUCCCUGCAGGACACUCUGCCGCUGGGGAGGAAGGACGAUACCUUCAGCUCCCUGGGAUACAAUCUGCCGCUGGGGAGGAAGGAUGACACCUUCAGCUCCCUGGGACUCACUUGACCGCUGGGGAGAGGGACCAACUGUCUCCUCUCCUAAGAACACACACUGCCGCUGGGGAGGAAGGACGACACCUUCAGCUCCCUGGGAUACACACUGCCGCUGGGGAGGAAGGACUGCACCUUCAGCUCCCUGGGAUACACACUGCCGCUGGGGAGGAAGGACUGCACCUUCAGCUCCCUGGGAUACACACUGCCGCUGGGGAGGAAGGACUGCACCUUCAGCUCCCUGGGAUACACCCUGCCGCUGGGGAGGAAGGACUGCACCUUCAGCUCCCUGGGAUACACACUGCCGCUGGGGAGGAAGGACUGCACCUUCAGCUCCCUGGGAUACACACUGCAGCUGGGGAGGAAGGACUGCACCUUCAGCUCCCUGGGAUACACACUGCCGCUGGGGAGGAAGGACUGCACCUUCAGCUCCCUGGGAUACACACUGCCGCUGGGGAGGAAGGACUGCACCUUCAGCUCCCUGGGACUUACUCUGCCGCUGGGGAGGAAGGACGACACCUUCAGUUCCCUGGGGUACACCUUUGAGUCCCCGUAACGCACUCUGCCACCGGAUAGGGCGGCCGAUACCUUUGGCUGGAUCUGCCAUGAACUGCAGGUACUCGUCUACCUGGCUCCUUACGAGCUGCACGUAUUUCUUCGGGGGGUUGGGUCCAAAGAAAGCCAGCCGCAUGGUAAACUCUCUGUCAUACUGCUCCUGAGUGUAGCUGGGUGCCAUGCUUGCACUGCUGAAGUUGGUUCUUUUGUAGAUAGGGUCGCUGUACGGGUACUGGCGUUGCCCUCAAUUUGUAAAUCCACGAACUGUGUCUCUGAGCUGCUUUACCUCGCACUAGGACGCCAUCCCACCGCUUGCCACCAAUGUAACGGAUCGCCUGGCACCCCGACUGGGUACCUCCGUUAAAGGAUGCUCCUAGCGCUUCCUGAGGACUCCAAGCACUGCAGCAGACACCACAAUCACCGAACCAGAGAAGCAUAUGAAUUCUCUCAAGCAUAUGAAUGCUGUAGACAGUUGAAUAGGAACCAUACGAAUAGGUUUACUCUCCUAGCAGUCAAACUGGAACAGCAUACAAUAAAUCCUUCCCCCAAUAAUGAGACGACACUUCACUUUGAGGGUUAGAACAGGAACUCUCUGUAAUGGCCACACACUGGCUUUUAUGCAAGUCCCCAUGCAAGGGGACAUCCCACAGGGUGGGACACAGUACAACCAAUCGUUACAGGGGAACCAUAAAACACACCCACAUUUACAUCCCAAUCCCUCCUCUCUGUCCAGGAGAUAACUGUGAAGUAAUCCAAUUAUCUCCCAGGACAGAGGCAAGACUCCAUUAACCACAUGGCAGUAACAAUACAAUAAAAGACAUAAAAUUACAUACUGUUACAUUUAUUCCAUAAAACAUAGACAUUCUACAUAUCCCCAGAUAGCUUAGAUCUGAGUGCACAUUACUACCGAAUGGCGCUCAGAUCACAUAAAUACAGUUCAAUCGCCAUGGAGCCAAAGUCUUUCAUACAGUCUUUCAGUAUACGGCUGGGCUCCAUGGCAUAGCUAUCUGGGGUAGCAUGGCUUCAGAAAGGCAUGAAUAUGCUUUGCAGGGAAAACAAAAGGUUUUAACUGCCGGGCCAUAGUCUAAAGGGAGCAGGCGAGCAACCAGGCUCCUCCAGUGGACAGUGGCGAGGCUGGUUUCGCCACACCUAUACAUAAAAAUAAGAAAGGAAAUAAAAGGACAGAACGUAAACCGGACCUUAGAAUGGCUGGACUAAUACGUUAGAGACAGAGAAUGGUCAAUGGGAAAGCCGAGGUCAAGGAAGCCAGAAAUACACAAUACCGUUUACACGAGACAAGUCAGGGGAACCAGAAAUCGGAAUAACCAGGAACAGCCAAGAUCAGAAUACCAGAAUAUCAAUAUCACAGGGAAAAACGCACUCUCAGGAAACCAGGAACAGGAAACCACGACAAGGCAAGGUACUGGGGCAAAACGGGGACUUUAAAUAUCCCUCUUUGGGCUCUGAUUGGUCAGAGGGUGUCCUCGGACCCCAGAACGUGCGUUGACGUCCGUAUAACUUCUAGGGGCGGAGCCUUUGGAUGCGACCACAUGGUCGGCGCCAUCUUUGGUUUGGGCAAACUGCCCAGAAGACGCAGAGGAGCGGUUCCCGGCUCGCCGAUGAGCAGGUAAACUUGCUUUAUCGGCACGGUCGAGCACAGACGCGGCGGGCCGGGAGCCGUAACACAGCCACUAGCGGUGCUUCCGCAGGACUUGCACAGAAUUCACUCACCCCUUAAACAGGUUGGAGUAACCCUUUAAGUAAGUACUACUUAGAACAGAAUCAACAAAGACUGCAGUUUUAAUUAUUAUUAUUGGUAUUUAUUUAGCGCCAACUAAUUCCGCAGCAUUUUACAAUAUUAUGAAAGGGGUAUAUUUACAAUAAAUGAGACAAUUUCACAGUGACACAGGAUCAAUAGGUAGAUGAGGGCCCUGCUCAAACGAGCUUACUGUCUAGAGGUAGUUCAAUAUUAGUGAAUUGCUCUAAUAUAUCACAAUACACUUGGCACUUGAACUAGUGUUUGAUAUUUGACUAAAACACUAUCAAAAUAUGUGCAUAAGUUCAGAUAGAAACCACUUUGUUUCAUGCUCACUACUAUUUAGGAAAGGCACAAUUUAAAUCUGCUUCUGUUUGCCGUUUUUUAUUAGCCUCGGCUAUCAAUACUGUAUGAGAAUAGGCAUUUUCUCACAAUAGAUGCCUAUGGCAUUUCAGUGUUCCUUCUGAAGAACAACUAAGCAUGGUGCUAUGAUUUUUGCAGCUACUUCUAAUCUUGCACAGUAUUAAUGUGUGUACAAAGAGGAUGCCGCUCUAGGUAGCAUUAACAGUCAGUAUCCAAAGGUGCUGGGCUAAAGAGGGUUAGGUAUGUUCACCGCCCUUUACCUCAUCCCCAGACUUCACCAUGCAAGUGUUCACAUCACCUGCAACGCUUGUCUGCUCAAUAAAUGAAUGGCCCCACAAGUAACAGUGCUACUUUAAUCCUCCCACUAGCAUAACAUUGUUUUGAACCAAAUAUAGCUAACAUAUAAACAUCAUAGCAUAGUAAAGUUGUGUAUAGAUUGCUUUGCAUAAGAACUUAAGUAUUAAACUUAUGUAAAUUUACACAAUUUAUUUCGGGCGGGGCUUACCAAGCGUCCUGACCAGACGCCAUUUCUGAAGCUCCCAAAACUGCAAAUCGAAUCCAGACGAUAUCUGCUAAACCGAUUCCAAUCCGGCUUCCACACAAUCCCAGCUGUGAUCAGAGGAACGUAUAGCAUCGAUAGAUGCCUUUUUUCCAACCGCCAAAGCCAGCCCGACGGAAACCCAAAACCGGGGCCUACAACACGCUGCAAGGCCUGGGGAGUUUCCUGGGAGAAAUUGCAGCAUCAAGAGCGGAACAACCCUACACCCACACGGUACAGGCUUCAUCCCAGAGCUUGCCAAGCAUGGGUAGGCGUUCUCAGAGGACGCACACCUCGGCAGAAACUAGGGACAUAGGAACUAUGUUCCAGAAGCCACCGCCACCUAGGCCUCCCGCCGUGGAAGAAAGAGAGCAGGCCCCGGCGCCACACCAAACUGGGCCCGAGGGAUCACCGCACCCACCACCACAACGAGAUGGGCCUCCAGACCCACCCGAUGACUCUGCUCCUACUACGAAAAAGGACCUAAAACUCCUACUAACCGAAAUACAUAAGCUACUCGCGGCCGACUCGGCCAUUCUCAAAACGGAGGUCCGUGCAGUGUCGGAGAGGGUUGGAACCAACGAAAAGGCCAUAACAGAGGUACAAUCUCACCUUUCCGAAGUACAGGGUUCCAUACAGACACUGUACACGCAGCAGCACUUUCUGUCGCUUAAGCUCACCUCACUAGAAGAUCGCCAGAGGCAAACCCAUGUUAAAAUCAGGGGCAUCCCCACAGAGAUUACGGCUGAAGAGCUACCCCACUACAUCAGGAGACUGCUGGCCGCAAUCCUGCCACAUGCAAAGGCAAAGAGAGUAGCUAUCGACAGCGUUUAUCGCCUCCCAAGCCCUUCUCACUUUAAGUCCACAGCGAUACGAGAUGUCAUCCUCCGCUGCACCUCACUACCGGACAAGAUACAGAUUAUGUCAGCUAUGAAGGGCAAAACCCCCUUCACUUUUGAAACCGCAAGUCUCACUUUUUUCCAGGACUUAACAAGGGCCACUCUCCUGCACCGCAAAUCAUACAGCACGGUGACAGCACAACUGCGAGCUGCGGGGCUACAAUACAGAUGGGGACUGAAUGGGUCCCUGACUACGACCCAAGGCGGGACGACACACACCCUGACAUCCAUGACGGAUGCACCGACCUUCCUGGAAACUUUGGGACUAUCGCAAGCUGAUGUGCCCUCCACCUCGGCAUCACAGGCGGCAAUGAGGGACCCUGCGUCCAUACCACCGUUCGUCCCACGAUCGAUGAACACACAGGGCGCAGACAGCCCUGAAUGAACACUUAUCUACACAUGUGUUAAUACAUUAUUUAAGUUCACUCUUAUUUCUAUGUUCAUAGUUAAUAUCUGUCAUAUAUCUCUAGCUGCUGCCCUAUUGCUACCCUCUAAUAGGACAAACUAAUUUAAGAAAUAGCCGGCCUGGUCGGAUGACGUAGAGACCACACUACAUGGCGGACCGAACACCCCCCCGCCCCCGCAACCCCCUUGGUCAAGGGCUCUUAACCCGCACACGCACGACAGAGAACGCAUAAUUCACAUCUCGGGCCUCCCGGCUCAGACCUCACACAGCGUGACAAUUUUCUCUUAACCACAUACACACAUGAUGUCUUAAUCAAUAGAGAAACGGACAGGUCACCAUUACAAACCCAUUGCAUAUCCCAGACACACUGACCCCAUAUAAGAUUGUAAUGUUGCACCAUGACAAAGCCUGAUAUAUGUUACAUGCCGUAAAUUUUCAUGAGAGCCUGCAUGAGAGAUCCGGGCCUAUGGGUCGCAGGCCUGUAGAGCUGUAGGCCACUAAGUAUACGAAGCAAUAACCGUUGUCACAUAUACACUGCAUAUUAUCCUAAUACGUUGUUAACUGAUUGUACCCAAUACCUGCAAUGUUGUGUUAUACUUGUUACAAAAAGAAAAAUGGAGGCUACUUUUUACGGAAGCUCGUUCCCCCUGACUGCGUUCAGGGCCGAGCAACUUUCCAUUGUCAUUCUUUAUACUGUUUUGCGUAAAUGCCUCACUAAAAUAAAGAUUUAAAAAAAAAAAAAAAAAAUGUACACAAUUUAUUUUCCCUUAUUUGUUAAUCCUUAUGAAAAUAUUUGAGGGAAGUAUUAGACAGUAUACAGUGGCCUUCUUGCAAUAUUUCACAGAGUCUGAAAUGUUAGUGCAAAAGCAAAAAAAAAAUGUUAUCACAUACAGUAAAAGUCACAAAAAUAUAUAAAGAUGGUCAAAUACUUUGCUUAUAAGUAUUUGUGAGGACUCUUAAGGCAUUACUAGCAAUACAGCAUACUAAAAGUUACAAUUCAAUAUAAAAAUGUCUGUGUUUGGGUAUUUUGCCCACAUACAGUACUUGGACCCAUUCUCUUUAAUAUUUUUAUUAGUGAUAUUGCAGAAGGUCUUGAUGGUAAGGUAUGUCUUUUUGCUGAUGAUACUAAGAUAUGUAACAGGGUUGAUGUUCCAGGAGGGAUAAGCCAAAUGACAAAUGAUUUAGGUAAACUAGAAAAUGGUCAGAAUUGUGGCAACUGACAUUUAAUGUGGAUAAGUGCAAGAUAAUGCAUCUUGGACGUAAAAACCCAAGGGCAGAGUACAGAAUAUUUGAUAGAGUCUAACCUCAACAUAUGAGGAAAGGGAUUUAGGGGUGAUUAUUUCUGAUGACUUAAAGGUAGGCAGACAAUGUAAUAGAGCAGCAGGAAAUGCUAGCAGAAUGCUUGGUUGUAUAGGGAGAGGUAUUAGCAGUAGAAAGAGGGAAGUGCUCAUGCCAUUGUAUAGAACACUGGUGAGACCCUACUUGGAGUAUUGUACUCAGUACUGGAGACCGUAUCUUCAGAAGGAUAUUGAUACCUUAGAGAGGGUUCAGAGGAGGGCUACUAAACUGGUUCAUGGAUUGCGGGAUAAAACUUACCAGGAAAGGUUAAAGGAUCUUAACAUGUAUAGCUUGGAGGAAAGACGAGACAGGGGGGAUAUGAUAGAAACAUUUAAAUAUAUAAAGGGAAUCAACACAGUAAAGGAGACUAUAUUUAAAAGAAGAAAAACUACCACAACAAGAGGACAUAGUCUUAAAUUAGAGGGACAAAGGUUUAAAAAUAUCAGGAAGUAUUACUUUACUGAGAGGGUAGUAGAUGCAUGGAAUAGCCUUUCAGCUGAAGUGGUAGAGGUUAACACAGUAAAGGAGUUUAAGCAUGCGUGGGAUAGGCAUAAGGCUAUCCUAACUACAAGAUAGGGCUAGGGACCAAUGAAAGUAUUUAGAAAAUUGGGCAGACUAGAUGGGCCGAAUGGUUCUUAUCUGCCGUCACAUUCUAUGUUUCUAUGUUACAGUAAAUACAUUUAACCCCUUCUGACCGGAGGACGUACAAUUACGCCCUAUUUUAGGCGGCUCUAAACGCCGCCGGGCGUAAUUGUACGCCCUCUGGUUUUUGCCUACUUACCCGGUCGCCGGCGGUCCCACGCCGGCGAUCGUGGUGGGGUGGACUCCCAGGGAGCCCCCCCAUGGUAGAUCCUCCUCCUCCGGUGCCCCCCCCGCACUGUGAGAGUGUGGGGUCUUUGCGAGGACACCACAAUCACAUGGCCGGGUAGGCUGCCUCCUGCAUAUAUAUAUAUAUAUAUAUAUAUGUAGACCAAAUGGCUACUAAAAAAGACUGGACAUACCCCAUUUGCAAUACCUUGGGUUGUCUACUAUUGUAAAUGGUAUGCCAUUAUGGGUGUAAAUUUCAUUCCUGGCUACUAUAAAGUCCCAAAGGCAACGUAACCAAUCUGGCGAAUUUCAAUUUCUAAUGUAACGUGCUAUAUUUGACCCUGUAACUUCCCAAAACGCCAUAAAACCUGUACAUAGGGGGUACUGUUUUACAUGUGAGACUUUGCUGAAUACAAAUGUGUAUUUUAUUGCUGUAAAAGCAAACAGUAUUAUGACAUUGACAGUUAAAAUGUCAUGUAGAACUAAAAAAAAUUAAAAAACUUAUUUUCUCCCAUUUUUUUCAUAUUAAAUUAUGUUUCAUAGCUAAAUAUUUGAUAUUAAAUGAAAGCCCUGUUUCCCCUGAAUAAAAUGAUAUAUAAUAAGGGUGGGUGUAUUUACUAUGAAAGAGGUGUAUUACGGUUGGACGGACAUGUAGCGCAAAUGCCAGGUUUUGUUUACAUUUUGUUUCAUUCACAGCAUGUACAUUUGGCUCCGUCCUUAAGGGGUUAAAUUCCAUUUCUUUCUAAAAUAAAGUUUAUUUUAAAGCUGCUGUAGCAAACUCUAUCGAUUUCUGGACUGCUAAUGAUUGACUAGAAAUGAUAUGACCCAUUGAAACCACCUGUACUGUUUCAAAGUGGGGGAGGGGGGUUGGGCUUACAUUUUCAGCAACUUUACAGGCAUUAUAUCAGUGGUUUCUAGCAGAGAAAUUUAUUCAUUUACAGGCUAGUAAUCAAAAUUAGAGUAGAAAUGAUGGCAUGUGAGGCUUUAUAGACUAGAUUUCAUAAGUUUUUACUUGAUUUGACCAUUGAAGGGGUUAAAUGUGAGUAAUACUAGGUUAGUUGCUAGUUUAGAAUAUGUAUCAACUGUAAAAGAAUUGAUCUGACCAGUGACUGAACUUCCAUACAGAAAACACAUGCAUUUAGACCUGAAAGGGCCAUCAGGGAAAACCAGGCAAAUGCCCACUGAGCCGCUUGGCCAUGGGCUGAGGCUGACAGGGGAGAUUAGGGGAUCUCCCCUGCCGGUCCAUGCAGAGCCUGUGCUAUUGAAGCUCUGGCCUUGCUGUGUGCCUUCAGUGGCUGGUGGGGAGCUCUCCCUCACUGGCCCAUAGGCAUUUUACUAUUGGAAAGGUAGGGAGGAGGAGCAACCGGAAUUAUCUAUUCCAGAGGAGCUGUGGGCACUGGCAUACAUACCGCGGUCGUGGCUGCAAUCUGGCCCGUCACUCCAGGGGGCCCGGCCGCCCUGCGGACCUCUGCGACAGGGUGCCUGCCGCCAUCUUUUGCGGCCCCCGCCCCCCCGGCAAACCGCCGGGGCCCCUGUCCAAGGGGUCCAUCGGGUGGCCCAUGCUGUCAGGGCCACCCGAUGGAUAUGGAUUGUCAGGGGGCUCGGUCAGUGCUGGGUGCUUUAACAGCACGAACGGGCCCCCUGUGAUGACAUCACAAGCUGGGAGAAAGGGACUGCACGUCACUCCUCCCAGCAUACACCGAGCCCGUGCGGGAGGAAGAACAGGGAGUCAGAGUGGGAACUCUGACUCCCAUCCACGUGAGCCACCACUGGAUCCCAGGGAAAGUCACCCUCCUGCACCUAAAAGGUAGGAAACAGGAGGGUGACUUAAACAUUGUGUGUAUGUAUGUGUAUGUGUGUAUCUGUCUGUAUGUGUGUCGUGUCUCUGUAUGUGUGUGUGUCUGCCUGUAUGUAUGUGUGUGCUUGUCUGUUUGUAUGUUUGUGCCUUUGUACGUAUGUAUGUGUCUGUCUGUCUGUAUGUGUCUGUCUGUAUGUGUCUGCCUGUCUAUAUGUAUGUGUCUUGUGUCUGCCUGUCUGUAUGUAUGUGUCUUGUGUCUGCCUGUCUGUAUGUAUGUGUCUUGUGUCUGCCUGUAUGUACAGGGAGUGCAGAAUUAUUAGGCAAGUUAUAUUUUUGAGGAUUAAUUUUAUUAUUGAACAACAACCAUGUUCUCAAUGAACCCAAAAAACUCAUUAAUAUCAAAGCUGAAUAUUUUUGGAAGUAGUUUUUAGUUUGUUUUUAGUUAUAGCUAUGUUAGGGGGAUAUCUGUGUGUGCAGGUGACUAUUACUGUGCAUAAUUAUUAGGCAACUUAACAAAAAACAAAUAUAUACCCAUUUCAAUUAUUUAUUAUUACCAGUGAAACUAAUAUAACAUCUCAACAUUCACAAAUAUACAUUUCUGACAUUCAAAAACAAAACAAAAACAAAUCAGUGACCAAUAUAGCCACCUUUCUUUGCAAGGACACUCAAAGCCUGCCAUCCAUGGAUUCUGUCAGUGUUUUGAUCUGUUCACCAUCAACAUUGCGUGCAGCAGCAACCACAGCCUCCCAGACACUGUUCAGAGAGGUGUACUGUUUUCCCUCCUUGUAAAUCUCACAUUUGAUGAUGGACCACAGGUUCUCAAUGGGGUUCAGAUCAGGUGAACAAGGAGGCCAUGUCAUUAGAUUUUCUUCUUUUAUACCCUUUCUUGCCAGCCACGCUGUGGAGUACUUGGACGCGUGUGAUGGAGCAUUGUCCUGCAUGAAAAUCAUGUUUUUCUUGAAGGAUGCAGACUUCUUCCUGUACCACUGCUUGAAGAAGGUGUCUUCCAGGAACUGGCAGUAGGACUGGGAGUUGAGCUUGACUCCAUCCUCAACCCGAAAAGGCCCCACAAGCUCAUCUUUGAUGAUACCAGCCCAAACCAGUACUCCACCUCCACCUUGCUGGUGUCUGAGUCGGACUGGAGCUCUCUGCCCUUUACCAAUCCAGCCACGGGCCCAUCCAUCUGGCCCAUCAAGACUCACUCUCAUUUCAUCAGUCCAUAAAACCUUAGAAAAAUCAGUCUUGAGAUAUUUCUUGGCCCAGUCUUGACGCUUCAGCUUGUGUGUCUUGUUCAGUGGUGGUCGUCUUUCAGCCUUUCUUACCUUGGCCAUGUCUCUGAGUAUUGCACACCUUGUGCUUUUGGGCACUCCAGUGAUGUUGCAGCUCUGAAAUAUGGCCAAACUGGUGGCAAGUGGCAUCGUGGCAGCUGCACGCUUGACUUUUCUCAGUUCAUGGGCAGUUAUUUUGCGCCUUGGUUUUUCCACACGCUUCUUGCGACCCUGUUGACUAUUUUGAAUGAAACGCUUGAUUGUUCGAUGAUCACGCUUCAGAAGCUUUGCAAUUUUAGAGUGCUGCAUCCCUCUGCAAGAUAUCUCACUAUUUUUGACUUUUCUGAGCCUGUCAAGUCCUUCUUUUGACCCAUUUUGCCAAAGGAAAGGAAGUUGCCUAAUAAUUAUGCACACCUGAUAUAGGGUGUUGAUGUCAUUAGACCACACCCCUUCUCAUUACAGAGAUGCACAUCACCUAAUAUGCUUAAUUGGUAGUAGGCUUUCGAGCCUAUACAGCUUGGAGUAAGACAACAUGCAUAAAGAGGAUGAUGUGGUCAAAAUACUAAUUUGCCUAAUAAUUCUGCACUCCCUGUAUAUAUGUGUCUUGUGUCUGCCUGUAUGUAUAUAUGUGUCUUGUGUCUUGUGCCUGUCUGUAUGUAUAUAUAUAUAUAUCUGUGUGUGUGUGUGUUGGGGGGAGGGGGGGUGUGAGGGGAAUAAGGGGACAGGGGACCACGGAUCAGUUUCGCACCGGGGGCCCCAUGAAUUGUGUGUACGCCACUGGCUGUGGGCUAGAGUUACACCAUCAGACCGCCAGGGUUUGCAGGCACACAAAGAAUCCCACAAGCAGCCAGUAGGCAAUCCCUUUUGAUCUUUGGUAUCCCUCUUACGGAGUCACCAGAGACAAAUACAAGACCUUUUGCUAAUGUGACUGCUCUUCAGCAGGACUUUGCGCAUGGGCGUGACACAACACCCUCUUCUCUGGCCCCAACCCAUUUCACUAGCCCGCUGUGAUUUAAAAAAAAUACCUGGGCCAAAUUCAUUCCAAGUCCAGCUUUGCAUGCAUUUAUGACCUACUUGCAACCUGAUAUAAGGAGCAUAAACCGCCAGACCCUUAGGAAAAAAGUAUAGUGUGAUUUAGUUCUAUUCACCAUAUUAUCUUUAAACAAAUCACAGCCGUUUUGGAGUAAGGUAAAUGCUCAUUGCUGGCUUUUAAACAUUGGUGGGGUGUACAUAUGAUAUGGGCAGUCAACUCACGGAAACCUUUAGGUCUAAUAUUUUCUCUGUAUGGUCAUAUAACGGACAAGGCAUAUGAGGGCACUUUACAGGAAUGGUACAAAUUUUCAGAAAGAUUGUGCAACAAGUGCUUUUUAUAAUGAUCAGCCUGGAGUUAAGAAUCUUCCAUAUGCAAAUAUGCUAAAACAGCUGUGUGUAUGAAUAUGACAAGCAAAUAGUAUAGAUUCCUUCUGCAAUGGCUCAAGUGAGCUAACACUUGUUUGAUAUCUGAACUGGGACAAACUGCAGGGCUAGUUUGAGUUUUUGUACAUUGUCCAUGUUCUUUGAUAACUUUUUUCCAGUCUCCAUCUACAAGUGUGACGACUUCUGGAAUGGCUUUGAAGAAGAAUUGACAGUGAUGCCAAAAGAUGUUACCAUCCCUUAAUAGAACCUUUGUUAAAUCUCUUAUGGACACAAGACAAGCAAAUAAAUGAUUGUCAAUGUAGUGUGAUAUAUUUGCUAGUGCAAUAGUACAAUAGUUUAUAGCUUACAAAAUCACUCUGUCAUGCACAAAUUGCUGCAGGACAGUACAAUAUUAAUACAUUUCAUUUCUCAUUGACAUUUCUUUUGUAGGCUGGAAAUCUCCUAACUUGUAGACAACUGCUGGAAUCUAACCACAUGAAUGCUAACUUACACAACAGCAGAAGAACAGGGACAUUAACAAGUAGCAGGUAAAGCGCACAUGCUUUUAAUUUUAUGUUUUCCAAAUCCCAGGACGACCCGUGGGAUUACUAAAAAAAAACUGCAGCAUCAUUUUUUUAGGACCCCAAAACUCUCAUUCAGACAUUGUCUCCUUGACUUCAGCUCCUAUGAUCACUGUUUUUAAAUUGUUCUUCUAAAUAGACCAGUAAUUUUUCAGGGUACACAUUACCAGGCCAGCCACAUUAGUAAUCUUGAUUGGUGUGAUUAUGUAUCCCAGGCCAAUUAAUCUGUUUACGGCAGUAGAAGUGAGCAUCAUUUGUGCAUCAUUCUAAGCAAUGCUCAAUGAAAGAGAAACAUAGAAACGUAGAAUGUGACGGCAGAUAAGAAACAUUUGGCCCAUCUAGUCUGCCCAAUUUUCUAAAUACAUUUAUUAGUCCCUGGCCUUAUCUUAUAGUAAGGAUAGCCUUGUGCCUAUCCCAUGCAUGCUUUAACUCCUUUACUGUGUUAACCUCUACCACUUCAGCAGGAAGGCUAUUCCAUGCAUCCACUACCCUCUCAGUAAAGUAAUACUUCCUGAUAUUAUUUUUAAACCUCUGUCCCUCUAAUUUAAGACUGUCUUCUUGUUGUGGUAGUUUUUUCUUCUUUUAAAUAUAGUCUCCUCCUUUACUGUGUUGAUUCCCUUUAUGUAUUUAAAUGUUUCUAUCAUAUCCCCCCUGUCUCGUCUUUCCUGCAAGCUAUACAUGUUAAGAUCCUUUAACCUUUCCUGGUAAGUUUUAUCCUGCAAUCCAUGAACCAGUUUAGUAGCCCUUCUCUGAACUCUCUCUAAGGUAUCAAUAUCCUUCUGAAGAUCCGGUCUCCAGUACUGUGUACAAUACUCCAAGUGAGGUCUCACCAGUGUUCUGUACAAUGGCAUGAGCACUUCCCUCUUUCUACUGCUAAUACCUCUCCCUAUACAACCAAGCAUUCUGCUAGCAUUUCCUGCUGCUCUAUUACAUUGUCUGCCUACCUUUAAGUCAUCAGAAAUAAUCACCCCUAAAUCCCUUUCCUCAGAUGUUGAGGUUAGGACUCUAUCAAAUAUUUUGUACUCUGCCCUUGGGUUUUUACGUCCAAGAUGCAUUAUCUUGCACUUAUCCACAUUAAAUGUCAGUUGCCACAACUCUGACCAUUUUUCUAGUUUACCUAAAUCAUUCGCCAUUUGGCUUACCCCUCCUGGAACAUCAACCCUGUUACAUAUCUUAGUAUCAUCAGCAAAAAGACAUACCUUACCAUCAAGACCUUCUGCAAUAUCACUAAUAAAUAUAUUAAAGAGAAUGGGUCCAAGUACAGAUCCCUGUGGUACCCCACUGGUGACAAGCCCAAGCUUUGAAUAUACUCCAUUGACUACAACCCUGUGUUGCCUGUCACUCAGCCACUGCCUUUCCCAUUCAACAAUAUUGGAAUCCAAACUUAAAGAUUGCAGUUUAUUGAUAAGCCUUCUAUGUGCUACAGUGUCAAACGCCUUACUGAAAUCUAGGUAAGCAAUGUCUACUGCACCACCCUGAUCUAUAAAUUUUGUUACUCAAUCAAAAAAAUCAAUAAGAUUACUUUGGCAUGAUCUCCCUGAAGUAAACCCAUGUUGUCUCUCAUGCAUGAAAAAGGGCAUUCAUUCUCGGGACAAGAAUAUAAUUUUGCCUCUUUAUAAAUCACUGGUAAGACCCCAUAUUGAAUAUGCUGUGCAAUUUUGGGCACCUGUUCUAAAGAAGGAUAUUAUGGCACUAGAAAAAGUGCAGAGGCGGGCUACAAAAUUAAUAAAAGGAAUGGAACAUAUCGGCUAUGAAGAAAGGUUAACAAAUUUAAACCUAUUUAGUUUAGAAAAACGUCGCCUGAGAGGGGAUAUGAUAACAUUAUACAAAUAUAUUCGGGGCCAAUACAAACCAUUGUGUGGAAAUCUAUUCACAAACCGGACUUUACAUAGGACACGAGGCCAUGCGUUUAGACUGGAAGAAAGAAGAUUUUGUCUAAGGCAAAGGAAAGGUUUUUUUACUGUAAGAACAAUCAGGAUGUGGAAUUCUCUGCCUGAAGAAGUGGUUUUAUCAGAGUCCAUACAGAUGUUCAAACGGCUACUAGAUGCAUACUUGCAAAAACAGAAUAUUCAAUGAUAUAAUCUUUCAAUGUAGGGUAAUAACUGCUUGAUCCAAGGAUAAAUCUGACUGCCAUUCUGGGGUCAAGAAGGAAUUUUUUUCCUAGCUUGUUGCAAAAUUGUGCUUCAAACUGGGUUUUUUUGCCUUCUUUUGGAUCAACAGCAAAAAACAAAUGUGAGGUAGGCUGAGCUUGAUGGACGCAAGUCUCUUUUCAGCUAUGUAACUAUGUAACUAUGAUCUUGAAAUCCAUGUGUUUUUAUGUGUUCAACAAUCCUAUCCUUUAACAUGGUUUCCAUCACUUUCCCCACUACUGAAGUAAGGCUUACUGGCCUAUAGUUGCCCUACUCCUCCCUAUUACCAUUCUUGUGAAUGGGCACAACAUUCGCUAACUUCCAGUCUUCUGGGACUACUCCUGUUAACAAUGAUUGGUUAAAUAAAUCUGUUAAUGGUUACCUUCACCUCUUUUGAACAAACUGUGGUUCCAUGGAAAAGUCCUGCCGAACGAAGCCGUUUGUGUAAAGUUCCCUUGCGUGUGUCCAGAGAGGCGCUGAGGAGAACGCCCAGAAACCCGCAGUGGUGGACAGCGGUACUUAAUUGUGCACUCCAGUGUAUUCGCCACUACUCACCUCGACUGCGGAGAUCUGAAAUCCUUUGUCGUCAGUAUGACCAGCUUAAUCUGGAAGUCUCUCCCUUAUGUUCCCGGGUGCCUGGGAAUGCGGAAUCACGGAUGCCACAGGCCUCUCUGUUUCUGUGUUGAGUAUGGAGGGUGCAAGUAGCAAAGUCUGAGCCUGGAACCAAGCUGUACUAUAUAAUACGGACUCUUAAGUGGCAUUGGCAGGCUGACCUAGGCAGGAUCUUUACCAAUUCAUGAUAAUUAGUUUAGACCAGUAGAGAUUUCUGUCUGCUUGAUUUUAUUUCUGUUACCUUAUACCCACUGGGUUUAUAGCAUUCUUGUUACUCAUUGUUGAAUUCAUGUACAUGCCCAACUAGUUAUCUUCAUGUAUGAACAGACAUAUCCUCUUGUAUGUUUUAAUCUCUGACUGGACGUGCUUAUUUAGCCUUUUUAAAAUUAUUUUAAAAUGAGGCAGACUUGGCCAGGAGUUGAUUUCUGUAUACAUACUUUGAUGCACUCAUAUUUAUGUUAAAGCAAAGCGUAUAUACUCCUCAUUGUGUAUGCUAUUACUCCAUUUUUUUGUGUACUGUACCUUAUCAUUGCCUCAAUAAAACAGAGAAUGACAGAAAAUAAAAGUUGUGGUUUGCUGGUGUAAUUUCUCACAAACUGAUUUUUUGUUGUUUUUUUUUUUUUUUCCAUAGUAUUUAAUCUAUAGUCAGUUUAAGUAAAUUUGAUCCAAUUAAAAUAAUAUCUGUAAAACAAUGUUAGUGAUCAUUGUGCCAAAUAUGUUUAUUGUGUGAAGCAGCAUUUACCCUUUAUCAGUGAGGCAAACUGUUGUUCAAUGAUUGUUCAGUUAAAAAUUGUAUAUCCUCAAUGAUCAGCUAGCUGCUCAUAAUCACUUGAUUUUGACUAAUGCACUAACUCAUCUUAAAUUUUUUUACUAUUCAUUAUUAUACACAUAUAUUUUCUAUCGGAUUGCUGGGAACGCCUAUGCUGUAUUAAUGUAUAUUUUUUCAUAUUAUAUGAAAUAAGCUGUUCAAUCCAAAUAUCUUGGAGGUGGUAAAAUAUAGGUUGGAAUCAGGCAGUCCCAUGUGUUUUGCAUCCUCUUCUCAAAUCUUAGUGGGUUCACAUGCUUCCAGAAUAGCUCCGGGGAGGCUUCACCUUCUCUGCCUGACACAACUUAUAGUUUCCUCUGGUGAAGGCUGGAUCCUCAAAAUUCAUUAUGGCAUCUAAUGGUGAUCAGGUUUGAGGGUGAGCCUUUAAUGCAGAAUGAAGUAGAGUACCAAAUAAAAGUACAGCGGUUCUAAACCGUGCAAAACAUGCUGGCAGUUGUCACUUCUUUGGGGUAAAAAUGAACAAUAUAACUAUAGACCAUAUAUGAUCAAAUAUUGGCAAGUGGGCCAUGUGAAAUUGACAUCCAUCUAAAAAGGACUAAUAGACGUAGCUGCAUAUGUGCUGAUAUAAGUGAUUGUUACUAUAUUCCUGGAACAGUGAUGUUUGGGGGAUAGAAGGGGAAUAAAUUACUGCACUCCAUACUGAAUGUGGUGUUAGUGGUGACAAUUACUGAAAUACUGUAAUUUGCUUAAGGAGUUUUUUUUGUUCUUGUCUCUUUUUAAAUUUACUAUACAAAUGUUACAUUGUGUAAAGCUUACCUGGCUCCUUUUCACACCCCUCCUGGAACUGCCAUUGCAUGUCUGCUGAUGUCAUGAAUGAAAGCAGUUAGUAAGAAGAUAUAAUCACAUCAAUCAAGCAUAGGUAGCUACCACCAGCAAGCUGACCGCUUUAUAUAAAGAUCUGGGCGUUUGUGACUUUGCAGGAUUGUGUAUUUUCUGUAGUAACAUUAACUUCUAAUGAGGUAUCCAUUUGGGUCUCAAAAAUGUAUUCUGUCUUCUGUCUGUGUGGUUCUGCACUCACCUUGUUGCCAUUUCUUAGUACCCUAGAUGAGAAUACAUAUGAGAAGUUAGCAGAAGAUACACUGGACUCUUUAGCUGAAUAUUUUGAAGAUCUGGCAGAUGAGCCAUUUACACAAAAUGAUUAUGAUGUCACUUUUGGGGUAUGUCCUUUCCAUUUGUAUAUUGAUUCAUUUUUGUCAUAUGUUAUUUUUACAUUUUGUCAAGUAAUAUGCAGGCCCUGAUAUACGUUUUUGUGUUAUCCAUUUUGAAACAUUUCUAAAUGCAUAUUCUUUCCAUCUGCAUUCUUUAUCUGGAAUCUACAGGUGAUACUCGAAAAAUUAGAAUAUCGUGCAAAAGUUAAUUUAUUUCAGUAAUGCAACGUAAAAGGAGAAACUAAUAUGAGAUAGACGCAUUACAUGCAAAGCCAGAUAGUUCAAGCCGUGAUUUGUCAUAAGUGCGAUGAUUAUGGCUUACAGCUCAUGAAUACCCCAAAUCCACAAUCUCAGUAAAUUAGAAUAUUACAUGCAAUCAAUAAAACAAGGAGUGUACAAGGCAAUGCUUUCCUAUGGGAAGAGCCUUAUGCACUUGGCGCGCAUGCGCCUUAGGUCCUCCCACCUAAGGUGCAUGCACGCAGAGUGCAUAAGGCGCUCCCAUUUUCUUUCCGGAUGAUGUUGGGGAAAUCGGCAUUGAAAUUGUGUGAGUAAAUGUGAGGAUUUUUUCUUGUCUUAAGUGGCAGUACUGCAAACAAGUGGGUAGUCACCUCCUUAAGUGGACAAGAAUCUCUGCAAAUUAAAAUAAUUAAAUAAAUUCUCUCAUCCUUACCUAUAAAAGGCAAUUCCUCCAAGACAUACCCAGUUCUUCUUGUCCCGAUCUCUGGGCGGACAAGUCGCUCAGUACAAGGCUGGUGAGGCUCACAAGAUGACGCCUGGGGAACAGGACCCGAAAGCUUCCCGGGUGGUUGAGCUGAGUGGCGCCUUUCCACAUCGUGUUACAGAGCGUAAGUGGAAGGAAGUGUUUUGUUUAGUUUUUUUGUUGUUUUUUAUUUAUGCCGGCUAAUGCUUGUAGAUGAGAUAUCCAGAUGCAGGCCGUGCGCCUGCGCACAUCGGUGGAACGCACACCCGGAUGGCCUUGCAUUCCACUGAAGUUCCGACUGCACACACGUGGUUUGGAAGUUUGACUUUUGGCACAAAAUUCUAAAUUUAAAGCCUAUUUAUGCUGUCCAUGGCCUUGCUUUCAACCAGAGUGGUUGUAAAUCGUGGUACACUGUGUCACCAGCCAUCCCACACGGUAGUGAGGUUUUGAGGUGAGAUUCACUAAAGUCUCUACUUUAAAAAUCCUAAUGUUAUUUAUUGCAGGUUUGGAUGUUUUUAAUAUUUUUUAUAUUCUUUCCAGAAUAUUUCCAGCCCUGCAUCUCCGGACAAGACGGAUAAAGAAAAAUUGCCAGCCCCGGCGGACAAAAAGGCUAAAUGCAAGGCCAAACAAUUGUGCUGUAGUGAAUGUGCAGUGCAUCUUCCAGACGGAUGUAAGAAAAAAACUUGCUACCAGUGCUUUGCUGAAAUCUUGGACAAUUCAAAGCAACAUGAGAUGCGAUCAUUUUUAAGUUGGUUCCAAGACAGCUUAUCACAGACUUUCAGAUUCUUUACAGACACCGAGAAGAUAGUGGGUCUGUUAAACGACAUGAGCCACACAAUAAAAAAACAUAAGACUGAAGUUUUCAUCACAUUCAAACCUCUCUUCAGGAGACUGUUCCAGCUCUUUUUUAUCAGAAGUCUCUAGUCUAGACUCCAGUGUGGACGAAGGCUUUCCGGCAGAGGAAUUAAAGAGGUUUAUUAAGGAGGUGUCUGCUGUGGUUCAGGAUGUGGAAUCCUCAAGCAGUAAGGUGAAAGGUUUCCCAACACAUCCCAGAGUUCUAGAAUUCGUUCAGAGAGAAUGGGAAAAACCCUGAGAGACGAGCCUUUAUUUCCAAGCAUUUUAAACAGAUCUGCAGGCUACAGACCGAAGAUAGAUGAAAAGAUCUCCCUAAGGUGGAUAAUAUAUAGGUGGCUCAGUUGUCCAAGAAAAUGACCAUUCCAAUAGAUGUUUUGGGUCUGAAAGAACCCAUGGACAAGCAUGCUGAGACCUCUUGUAGAUGGGCAUACCAGGCUGCAGGCUACCAAUGCAAAACAGCUUUUGCAGGGGCAGCGGUGGUAAAGCUCAAAAUCUCUGGCUCCGGUUCUUAGAUUUGAUUAUGGAUUAUACAAAUAAGGACCGGACUCAUUUAUUCAACCUUAUGCGGUUAUCAAAUGCUUUCUUGCUGGAUAUGACUGUCAAGAUGUUAAAGCUGUUAGCCCUCAUCAUGGGUUUAUCUUCGGUAGCCCGCAGGGCUUUAUGGCUGAGAACAUGGAUGGCAGACACUGCUUCAAAAGCGGUUUUGUGUGAACUGCCUUUUGAAAAGAAAAAAAAAUUUAUUUGGUUCUCCACUGGAAAAAAUCAUAAAGCAGAUGGCAGGCACCAAAAAAGCUCUCCCACAUGAUCACAGGUGUCUGGGGAUAACAGAUACAGAAGGUCAGAGGCCUUUUCAUGGCCAAGACAACUACAGGAAAUUCCGUAGACCUUUCAGAGAUGUCAAAAGAGAGCCCUUCAACAAACAAGAUAAGAAAAAGAGAUCUUGACGCCAGAAGAGUAGGGGGUCGACUCAGAUUCUUCAUUCCACAAUGACAAGAAACAACUUCAAAUCAGUGGAUAUUGAAAACUAUAGCAGAGGGUUACAGGAUAAAAUUCUCCAAAGACUCUGGCCCAGAAUUUCUGGUAUCAACUUACCAGUCAAGAAAAAAAAUCAGCAGCUCUUCUAGCAGCAGCCCUGACCCUGUUAAAUAAGGCUGUUGUACAAAAGGUACCAAAACUUAGAGUUCCAGGGAAUGUACUCUUGCCUUUUCCUGGUCCAAAAGCCAAACAAAACUUUCCGGUCCAUUCUGGACCUGAAGAUGGUAAAUGCCUGUAUACCUUAUCAGAGUUUUUGCAUGGAAAGCAUUUUAUCAGUGACACACAUUCUACAACAAAAGUAUUACAAGGCGAAGAUAGACUUACCUGGAGAUAUCUCAGGUUUGCAGUGAAAUCUGGAAAGGUGGAACUACUACUGUGACAGAACCAUCUGUCUGUUUAUUACAGGUGUAUUCGUCUGUUUCUUUCCUGUUCGUGUGAAUGGCUGUUUUCUAUAGCCCAGCCAUAUGAAUGACUGUUUUUUCCAGAACAAACCUGCCGAACGGACGGCCACCCAGGAGAGAAGUGUGCUGCUGGUUAACCUAUUGAUCCCAAUUAGAACGUUGUGGUUAACCGCAGACACUUCUCAAUUACACGAAUUCAGGGUGGUCGUCGUUCGUAUGUCGACCACGAGGCAGCGGCCAUUUUAAAACCACACGAAAGCCCAGCGGUGUCCGGCUCUAUUUUCAUGGAACUAAAAACGGACACUUUUUCUGCUGAACACCGCUGAAACAACGGAACGCCUGGCUGCCUCCAUGAAAACGUACGAAUACCGGCCGUUCGGUAGUUUGGAAGCAUACAAAAGGACUUAACCCAGAUAGCCUUUCCAUGGAGUCAUUCGUAUACCGAAAGACUUUAAGAACUUUGACUCCAUGGCGAUUGAACUAUGUGUGUGGGAUCUGAGCGCUAUUCGCUAGUAAUGUGCUCUCAGAUCCAGGCUAUCUGAGGAUAUGUGAUACGAAUGGGAAAUGUUCGGUUAUUGUAAAGUUAUAUGUUUUUAUGUCUCUUCUGGUUUUAUAUUUAAAAUGGUGACUGACUUUGUCCUGGAGAUAAUUGAGUUACUUGGUAAUUAUCUCCAGGGCAGAGGGCAGGGGAUCAUAGUGCAUUGUGGGUAAAAUCUGUAACUGUGUGUCUGGAAUGUCCCCAUGUCUGUCUGUCAUUUAAGUCUCCCAUUUGGUCCCCUAGGGGAGUGUCCACCAAGUGGGAGACCUGCAUAAAUACGGGCAGGUAGCCCCCAGUAAAGCCAGAUCCUGUUUGACCCUCAAUGCGCAGCUUCUGUCUCGUUAUUGGGGGGAUUUCUUCUUCACGUUUAGAGACUGCUGGAUGGAAACGAAAGCUGCUUGGUGGAUGUUAUUGUUCGGCGGCUAGCAGCAGUUAGUGUAUUGCCGUUCGGGAGUUUGGAGCCGUUCACGGAUCCCUGUCGGGAGAUUGCCGCUUCCCCUGCAGUUGGUUCGUGCACUACAGGUUAUGCGAACGGAGAUUAUUUGUAUUACAGACGGGGAAGGUCGACUAAACGGCGGUUUUGCUUAAAGACACUGGGGGUGUCUUAACAACUACAUUUCCAUUUCAAGGCACUGCCUUUCGGCCUCUCAUCAGCCCCACAUGUCUUCACAAAGCUACUUCUUUCAUGAACGGCAACGCUAAGACUGAGAGGCAUCGCAAUAGUCCCUUGCCUGGCUCCUAAAAGCAGAUUCAGCAGAACACCUAUGAAGAAACCUGCAAGUUACCGUUCAGUUCUUGCAAAACCAUGGAUGGAUAAUCAAUUACGAGAAAUCCGAGAUGUGCCCUUCCAUGCACAUUGUUUCUAGGUCUAUGGGUGGAUUCAAGGCUCCUUUCCAUUACCCUUCCAGUAGAGAAACGAAAAAGAAUCGGGAAGGAAGGAUUCUCGAGAGAAGAGAAUCCUGCUCUGUUUUAGGCCUUCUUACCGCUAACAUUGGCUGUGAAAUGGGUAAAGUCCAAAAUCAAACCUUUACAGUGGAACAUCCUUUUCAAAUGGUCAAAAAGUGAGGAAGAUUUAGAUUCAGAAAUCAGUCUUUCAUCAAGGGUAAAGACACAGCUGCACUGGUGGAUAAAGUCAAGAUUUCGGUCUAUCCUUCCAACAGAGAAGUUGGAUCGUCACUACCAUGGACGCAUCGAUAACAGGCUGGGGGGGCACAUAUCUAGGAUCCCAAUUUCAGCUGGUAAAAUGGUCUACGUAAGAAGCUGCACAGUCUUCCAAUUUCAGAGAAAUGAAAGCUGUUUGGAACGCCCUUUUAGCUUUCAAACCAGUCAUAAGGAGAAGGUCUGUGAGGAUUCAGUCAGACAGUGUCACAGCUGUCACAUACCUAAACCGACAAGGCGGUACAAAGGUGUUUUCUCUCCAGAAAUCAUGGCUUGGUCUCAGGAAAAUCUAGAAUAAAUAUCCACAACGUUAAUCAAGGGAUCCGACAAUAUAAUCGCGGAUGAUCUAAGCCGAUAGUGUUGGACACAGUCAGAAUGGUCUCUUCACCCUCAUCUUUGCGAAGCUAGUUAAGCGUUUUGGUCUACCAGGUAUCGAUCUUACGGCCCCAAGAAGAAACACGAAGGCCCAAAAAAUAGCUUCCAUUCUCAGAGGAGAUAAUCCUUAUGUCCUGGACGUUUUUUCAAUACUAUGAAAGUUCAUAAUCGCGUAUCUUUUCCCUCCAGUAGCUUUGAUCCACCCGCAUUGUGCAGAAAAUAAAAUCAGACAGGGCCAGGAUCUUGGCAAUUUUCCUCUUUUGGCCAAACAGGAGCUGGUUCUUGGACAUCGAUCGGAUGGCAAUAGCUCGUUGGGAACUCCCUUGUUCGAGCAACCUUCUGAAGUACAAAGAUCUUCUGGUGGAGACCAUAAAGAUGUUCCGCCUGAUGGCAUGGUUGCUCCAAGGAUGAUUCUUAAAGACCAAGGAGUCUGACAGUAUUAGUGAUAUUCUUCUGUCCUCCACUUGCAGAUCCACGAACAAGAUUUACCGCCGAAUCUGGCAGAAGUUCCUGCAUUGGUAUUCACAGAAUGGUCGUCUCUCUUUUAAUCCAUCUGUUCUUGGGUGGUCUUAGUGUGUCUACUCUUAAGGUACAGGUUUCAGCCCUCGGCCAUUUCCUGCUACAAGAUUUGGCAUCCAACAGGCUCAUUGGUAGGUUUUUUUAAAGCUGUUUUUCUGAAACGUCCUUCAAGGCUUUCUUCUUUUCCCACAUGGGAUUAUCCGUUGUUUUCAAGGCGAUGUGCAGUACUCCUUUUGAACCAUUGGAUGCUAUACCUUUUGAAACUUUUAUCCAUUAAAACAGCAUUUUUGGUGACCGUUACCUCGGCUAGGAGGGUUGGAGAAUUGCAUGCUCUAUCAUCUUCCUCUGAAUAUACAGUUUUUCACUAAGAUAAGGUAGUUUUGCACCCGAAACCUUCUUUUCUGCUUAAAGUUCUCUCCAAACGAAACCCUAACGAACCUAUCGUUCUACCUUUCUUCUGCCGAGCUCAAUCUUCUGACUCUGAGAAAAAAAUGGCACUGCCUGGAUGUUUAGAGGGUAUUAGAAGCUUCUCUCCUCAACUCCUCAUAGAAAAUCUGAUCAUCUGUUCAUCAAAUUGCAAGGUGUUUUUAAAGGUAAAGAGGCUUCUAAACCAACUAUCGCUAGAUGGCUGAUUGAAACUAUCAAACUGGCUUAUAAGGUCAGUAAUCUCUCCCUUCUGUUCCCGGUCAAGGCUCACUCUACAACAGCAAUGGCAACCUCAUGGGCUGAGCGAUCUACGGCAUCUCCAGAAGAUCUAUGCAAAGCUGCAACUUGGUCUUCCCUGCAUACUUUUGUCAAACAUUGCAGUCUGGAAAUAUUCUCUUCCUCAGAAGGUGCUCCAGGCGGUGGCCUAUUGAUUUCCGAUCCUUUGCUUUUGUUCAUGGAUCUUGCUAUAGUCCACUUGUUUGCAGUACUCCACUUACGACAGGAAAAACAGUAAUUUUACUUACAGUAACGUCUAUUUUCAUUAGAAGAGUGGAAGUACUGCAUGUUUCCCUCCCAUUGGAGAAUAAAUUAAUUUUGCAGUUGAUUGGUCUCCAUAUGGUUAUUUGGAUAACUGGACAUGUCUUGGAGGUAUGGCCUUUUAUAAGAAGGGAGAAAGGAAUUAAUUUAAUUAUUUUAAUUUGCAGAGCUUCUUGUCCACUUAAGGAGGUGACUACCCACUUAUUUGCAGUACUGCCACUCUUCUAAGGAAAAUAGAAUUUACGGUAAGUAAAAUUACUGGGGGUUUUUUGUUUUUUUACCCCUAUAACCCUCUCUCCCCACCCCCAUUCAACUCUGGGCUAAGGAUAAGUACUAUGGUUAUCUUAUUGAAUCAUUUCUGACUGGUUGAGGGCAAUUCCUCCACCAACUUAAAAAGUAAGAAGGGGAACCAAGACUCAAGGCUAAUUGGCUUGACCUUAAGAUCCCUAAUAUGUUCCCAGAAGCGAACGACUCUGGGGCAGGUCCACUGCAUGUUGAUUUAUGUCCCAUUUUCUCCACAUAAAUCAGUGGAGGACCUGCCCAUACAGAACAACUUAACACAGGUGGUGCACCAUCUAAACAUAAUUUUGUAGACUUCCUUCUGUAGGUUAGAGCAAAUGCAGACCCUGUAGGCAGCCUUUAAAUCCCCUACCACGCCAGCAUUUUCUGUAGAAAAUUUCCUGAAAAUGUACAGGGAUACUAUAGACACUAUAACCGGUUUCUAAUUGUAUUGGAUAUAUUUCCUUGAGUCGCCUGGCACUGUCCCUCCAAUUAAUGUUAAACCAUUUUAAACAGUUUAACACUGAAUGUGUGUCCCUGUCCACCCACAACCCAGACCCCACUGGUUAUAUUGCUAAAGCACUUCCUUGGUCAUAUCAGCAAUGGGUGGCUAAAAUCUGACAGCUGGCUCUCAUUCAAGCACUAACGGAUUAAUGCUUCUUCGUUAGCUCUACAGCACUGAGGAGAUGAGCUGCUAGAGACUCUGGUUAGUAAACCUUAAAAUAAAUGGUUUAACACUCAAUGCAAGGAUGCCGCCAGGGGACUCUGAUAUGAACACCAUCUCAAUGAGAUGAAGCCAUUUGCCUACAGUGUCCUAAGUUUAUCACUGUUCAAAUAUAGUAUUGCAGUGAUUUAUUUUCUUUUUACAUUCUUUAUUUUUUCUGUGCUGAGAAGUACAAAACAUGCUUGUAGUGCCACAACAGCAAGUACAAGCUUAUAAGGAUAACACAGGAUGAAUAGUAUUAUGACACUCUGUUAAAGUGCAUUUUAUAUGAAACAGAAAUAUAAUGCAGUAGGAGAGUUGCUUAGCCUACUAGCUCACUUGUUCAGCAUGAAGUAAUAGUUUGGUCAGAGGUGUGUAGACACAGAAACAAGAGUUAGGACAAGCUGUCUACCGAGUAAAAGUAUUGGUAUGUGUUUCAGCUAGAUGUACAGCCUUAUGGCUGGUAUUAGCUUAAUGACUACUCUGUGUUGUGACAUAAUUCAGUCUAUAUGCUAAGUCAGGUAGGCUAAGGUGAGAUUCUAAAAACAAUAGGAAACAUGCUAGACUAAAGUUAACAACAAAUUAGCUUAAUGGCCACUGGGUAUUCAACACUCUUGAAAAGUUCUGAGAGGAGAACAGAAAUCUCUAUAUUGACAGGAAAAUAACAAUGUAGUCUCUAUUCAUCCGAUGCCACAUAGAGGCCUCCAGAGACCGGUAAUUUCCAUGCUGGACCACGGCAGAAAGACCAGCUCCAUAGCUGUGGUAGUUCCCGCUUUCAUAUCCAUCAGACCGGGUGAGCAGUGCUGUAUGUACCUCUGGGACUGUAGCUCUAUGAAUCUUGGGCUCCGGGCCUCUACCUUAAGUCCCUGGAUCCCCCUUUCCAUGGUGGCAGGAUCAUGGGUCCGGCUUGGCUGUGUAUCAGGAGUGGUAAGUGUGUCAGAUCUGUGGGCAAUGCGCUCCGAAAUUCUCUGGCAGAUAUCGUCGAAGUGUGCAUUGAAGAGGUCUCUCCAAGUCCGCUCGGCACUGUUGAGAUUUUUGCACGGUGGCCAUCUUGGUUGCACCACGCAGCUUCUAAGGCUAGUGGAAUGUCUUGCGAUGCGCGUUGAACGCGAGCCAAUGUGGACUGUGAUGACCCCCGCCGGUCCAAAGAGGGGGGAGGGGGAGAGGGUGACGGGACUUCUUGAAAGCCGCCACAAAGCUUGCACACUGCGUCAGGAGAUUGGCCGCUUCUCACCUCUGCCCGCACGCCGGGCCAGUAGGCCUUGAAGAGAAUGGACAUGAGUGCUGGUAAGCAGGGAGUUCAAGAUCAGGGUCAGUAGAUUUUGCGCUGCUAAGUAGCAGUUUGCUUGCCAUUUAAAACCCCUUGGGUCAAAAUUGUUCAGCUUUUUCGUUUUGUAUAUAGCUCAAUUUGCCGUGCCGGGAGCUUGUGGAAAAUACGUCCAGCCAUCUUGGCUGUCAGGCCCCUGAUUUUUAAAAUGUACUUAUAAAAGAUUUGAAGAUCUGUAUGACUAUUGAAUCAAAGCAUGAAGUCUAUAUCAAGUAUUUACUGUUGUGUUUAAAAGGAUCUAAUCCAUCACCAUACCACUCAUUCUCUCUCUCUAUUAAUUUAAUUGACACUUAUGUUUAGAUUAUUUAUAAAACCUGGACAUAUAAAUGCAUAUAGCUACACAUUGAGCAUAAAUGUGUUGUAAUUUUUUUUUGUUAGGUCUGACUGAUUUAAUACUGUACCAUGUUUACAUUUUAUAUAUAAAAAAAAGUAAGAAACGCUGCAAUUGCAUAGAUGUUUGGUCACUAGAUGGUGCUAUUUACGUUGAUGUACCCAGAGUAGUGCUUAUAUGAAUGAUUCCUUCGGCUGCUACAGUAAUUGAACAAAUUCUGAUAACUUUAUCAAACAGCGGUCUCUUAAGCCGCCCCUUUCUCAAAACGUAUUUAUUUUGAGUCCCAUAAAAGGACGAAUAAAAACACAUUCCAACAACAGGUGGUUGUUCUAGGAGAUUCACUAUUUAACUUAUAUAGCAUAAUCUGUUCUCAAAUGCCAGAUACUUUGCCCUCUCAACGGCAACAAAGUUUACUAAGUAGGGAAUAAUGCUGGCAGGUCAUAUAAGGGCCUGGGAUGUCAAGAACCAAUAAGCAUAUAAGUUUCAAGGUUACACUCACACAAAUUAAUUGAUUGUAGGCAUGCCAGAAAUUGUAAAGAUGAUGUAGAGAUGAUAUGAAUUCUUCAAACAGAUAGGAGUUGGAGUACAGGCAGCCAAUAACACGAUCUAAGAAUGAAGGAGAGUGAUCAGGGACUGAUCUAAGAAUGAAGGGACUGAUCACUCUCCUUCAUUCUUAGAUCGUGUUAUUGGCUGCCUGUACUCCAACUCCUAUCUGUUUGAAGAAUUCAAAUCAUCUCUACAUCAUCUUUACAAUUUCUGACAUGCCUACAAUCAAUUAAUUUGUGUGAGUGUAACCUUGAACCUUAUAUGCUUAUUGGUUCUUGACAUACUACUCUGAGUUGUUUUAUUCUCCCCUUUUUGUAGAUAUCUAUUUUGUUUGUAUUUUCUGUGAGGACUGGGAGGAGUCCUUUAUUCUCUACAUUGUGGGAGUUACAUAUAGGUAAACUAUCUUAUACGUUUUAGUCACCCAUUGGUGUAUAUUUCUUCCACUUUAAAGGGUAUACUUAAUCUUUUUGCUAAGGGCCUGGGAUGACCUGAUAGUCUUAGUACACAACAAGGGAAGCAAUGGGAGCUUAAGUAUAUUAAUACAUGGGUGAGGAAAGUGAUCCAGGCGGGGGAAACUUGACUUUUGACAAAUCUGAUGAGUUGCAUACACCUCUGACAUGGAGGGCACUGCUUUGAAGAAGAGUGUAGUAAGAAGAUUGCAGUGUUUCUCAACUGAGAGGUGGUAAAGAGAAAUAGAACGGUAGCGACCAGGUUGGCAGAGGUUAUAGUAGGGUUCGCACAAGAGAUCAAGAGGGACCUAAUGAAAGUGUAAACCUGAUCUAAGUUGGUUAACCAUGUGUAAAAACAAGCCUAGAGAUUGCUACCAACCUUUAAAUGUAUAUUUGAGAAAAGGUGGGGCUAGAUUUAUUGGCAUGAAAUGAACACUAUGAUUUAUUGGCAUUACAGAAAUUUGAUAGAUCUAACUUCUAAUUUGAAAAUGUAUUUAAAAAGAAACAAAUAAAAACCAAAGGACUUAAAGGAACACUAUAGGGUCAGGAACACAAACAUUCAUUCCUGACCCUAUAGUGUUAAAACCAGUCUAUCCGCCCUCUGCUCCCUCCAUGCCUCACUAAAUAUAGUAAAAUCUUACUUGUUUUCAAGUAUGAAGCUGCUGCCUCGGCCCCUGAUCUGCCUGCUUGGCUGACCUCAUCAGAAGUGAUUCUCUGAGUCAAUCACAAUGCUUUUUCCAUAGGAUUGGCUGAGGCAGAUCAUGGACAGAGGCUGAACAAGCUAAACACAAACCUGGCCAUUAAGCAUCUCCUCAUAGAGAAUUGAAUCAAUGCAUCUCUAUGAGGAAAGUUUAGUGUCUCCAUGCAGAGGGAGAAGACACUGGAUGGCAGUGCUGCACACUGUGCAGCAUUGUACCAGGAAGCACCCAUCUAGUAGCCAUCUGAGCAGUGCCCAGUGAAGGUAUCACUAGGCUGUAGUGUAAACCCUGCACAAGUUACCUAAAAAGACUGUUUUCUGCAAAGAUCCUGAAGGGAAUGUUUUUACCAGAAAAAAUACAAUAAGCAGUAGUUGUUCUGGUGACUAAUGAAACAGAAAAGGUCAGAAAGGUCAGUCGGUAAAUAAAAUGGAAUAAAACAUAUCAAGAGAAAUUAUACAAGUCUUCUAAAUCAACACUAUUUACAAUUCAGAAAAAGGAGUUAAAUAGGUGGUAAUCUAGAAGUGCAUGUGACAAAAAAGUGCUAAUUCUUAAAGUGCAGUGUUAAAGGGAUUCUAUAGUGCCAGGAAAACAAAGUUUUUUUCCAACUUUGUUUUCCUGGCACUAUAGAAUCCUACAGUGCCCCCCCCUCCCCCUCGAGCCGAUGAAGGGGAAAAUCCCCUUCAGUGACUUACCUGAACAAUAACUGCAAUCAUUACAAUUGCAGGGUUAAGGGACAUGGGACAUUGCACCCAGACUACUUCAAUGAGCUCAAGUGGUCUGGAUGCCUACACAGUCCCUUUAAAUGUUAAACCGUACAAUAUUUAGUGAUAUUACAUGCAGCAGCCAUAAAAAAACUCACAUACAAAAGGUAAACAUAAAGGUUGUAAAACAAAGUAUAUGCUGCACACAAAAGUAUAAUGGUAUACUUACACAUUUGUAGUUUUCUUUAUAGCCUGAAAAAAUAAUACAACAAAAAUAGUGCAACAAUGUGGAGAAAAUAAUUAUAUUAUGUGCCCUAUGUGGAUUAACUCAAAAUAUUGCAUAGCUGGGGCUUCCAUCCUUAUUAAUUGACGAGUCCAUAGAUUACUUUGGAUCCAGUGCUCCUGAAUCUCUCAUUGCUUGGCUGUUUAAGUGUCACAGAGCCAGUUCUAUGUUGAGUUAAUGCACAUAGGUUACCUAAGGGGGUUAUCUAAAUCUAUCUGGUUGCACUGUUAUUUUCUUAUUUUUUCAGGAUAUAGAGAAAACUACAAGUUGUCUACGUAUACAAUUCUAGUUUUUUUGCAGACCAUAUAUUUACCGUUUUACAUUUCUUUUUCUGUUAUCUACACAAACUAGACUGGUCAUGUACAAAUGAUUAAUGAACAUUAGACUGGCACUUUUAACCUAACAUGACCAAAGUAUCCACUGCUUGAUGAGUUAUAUGAUUUGGUAACCACCUUUUAUUUAUAUACCUCUGUAGUAAGGAAAGGUGAGAUUUGAUUAAUGGUAGUGAGCCACUGCUUACAAACUGAGAAACAUGAUAAUUUGAUUACAAGAAAUCCACCAUAGGAUAAAAAUAUAUUCCAUACAAAAUAAAUACAAAUCCACUGUGCUUUUGAAUAGCACAGUGAAAUGGAUCACUGAAUGGUUUCAUGUAAGGUUCCCCAUAGUGUUUUCACAAUGAAACUGUAAAUAUACAGAACAAAUAAAGCUAUUACAAUUGGUAACUUAAUAUCCUGUAGAACGACAAUUGUGAAUCUGUAAUAGUAAUGUACCUACUGUAUAGCAAGUGAUUUCUAAAUUCUGCUUUUCUUUUUGAUUUUUGUUCCCAGAACGGGGUUUUAACAAUUAAACUUGGGAGCGAUAAAGGGACAUAUGUAAUUAACAAGCAGACACCAAACAGACAGAUUUGGUUAUCAUCUCCUACAAGGUAUGUUCUAAUACUACAGGUAAAUCCUUAUUUAACUUACAGUUGCAAGAAAAAGUAUGCGAACCCUUUGGAAUGAUAUGGAUUUCUGCACAAAUUGGUCAUAAAAUGUGAUCUGACCUCAAGAAAGCGAUUCACACCCGACAUCCCAAGAAUAUUGCUGAACUGAAACAGUUCUGUAAAGAGGAAUGGUCAAGAAUUACUCCUGACCGUUGUGCACGUCUGAUCUGCAACUACAGGAAACGUUUGGUUGAAGUUAUUGCUGCCAAAGGAGGUUCAACCAGUUAUUAAAUCCAAGGGUUCACAUACUUUUUCCACCUGCACUGUGAAUGUUUACAUGGUGUGUUCAAUAAAAACAUGGCAACAUUUCAUUCUUUGUGUGUUAUUAGUUUAAGCAGACUGUGAUUGUCUAUUGUUGUGACUUAGAUGAUGAUCAGAUCACAUUUUAUGACCAAUUUGUACAGAAAUCCAUAUCAUUCCAAAGGGUUCACAUACUUUUUCUUUCAACUGUAUGUUACAUGUCUGCAGUAUGGUUUCUGAAUGUAUUACAUAGAAAAUAUAUUGUAAAGAGCUGCGGAAUUAGUUGGCGCUAUAUAAAUACCAAUAAUAAUGUAAAAUAUAGACGUUAAGGCUACCUACAUGCGCCAAGGUGAUUCCAGUGACUUUCAUGCAGUUGUGCCUCUCAUUAAGUGAUGUGCUAAAUUAACAGAAGACAUGUACUUCCCUAUUUGCCUGCAGAGGAUAUUCUAAUAUCCAAGGCAUUAAAUAAAAGAAGCACAAGUGUUGUGUGAAAAGGAAAUUAAAUAAACAAUGGUAACAGGUCAAAUAAGAGCAUCCUUGAAGAGUGAAUUAAUUUGCUUGCACAGAGGGGCCACAUGUUUAAUGUAAGUAUGCACUCAGCCUGCAUGUUUCUUGGCCUGCUGCGUGCAGUGCUGCAUAAUUCAUAAGCUUGCACUGUUGAGUCCUUUGAACAGCUGGAGAUCUGGCAAAUUGGAUGUGGCGGGUACAUCAUAAAUGCAGGAAGUGUCUGAUAACCCUUCAUGCACAGGAGAGGAAUGUCAAAGAUACUCUUUAAUGGUUAAAGUACUAUACCAUGGAAACUUUUUCUGUUCUCUUAUUUAAACACAAUUUAAAUUACUGUGGACAUUUUUGUAAAUCUAUUUUUUAGAGCAAUACGCAUGUUAGAUUUCUUAAGACCUUAGACAUUUGAAUGUGUACUUUACAAAUGACUUGUGUUUAGAGUUAUCCCACCCAGAUAAACCAUGAAACAUUUAAUUGUAUAGUGCAAUCAAAAUAGUAGUGGUUUAUGGAGGUUCUAGUGGAACCCUUCAUAUAUCUUCUUGGACAUGUGCAUUGACAUGCUGGAGGCAUCUGUUUGGCACAUAGUGAGAAGAUACUUGUUCCUUUCUAUCAGGAGUUUUCGUUGGUGGGACAUGGCAAGGUUUGGCAGGAAAAAGCCUUUUAAAUUUCUGCCUUUUACCAAAAACUGGAAUCUAAUUCCCACUUUAUAUUAUAACACCUUUUGAUUGUGUUGCAAUAUUAAUGAAUUUCCAUCACAGGCUACUUGGCGUUUUUAAUAGGGACUUUAUCACAGCAUCUUGUAGACAAGACUAUUCAAGCUGACUUCCCAAAAUAUUUUUGAUCCUAACCAUAAGUAAGAAAUCUAGACCCUGUUAGAAGAAUUGGUAAAAAUAAUAAAUCAAGCACACUGUAAAGCUAAAUGAAGUCUCCUUUCAUCACACUAGAUAAAGGUCAUAUCUAAUUAUAAAAUGGAGAUAAGUCUUGUGCUUAAUGUCCAAAAUUUAUAAGCAGUUUGAAAAAUAAUUGUUUUUAUCACAAAUUUUCCUUAGACUUCCUUUGGUUGUCUGCUUUGGUGCCCAGAGCUCUCCUCAUCCACUAGUAUCAGCCUUCAUAGGUUUCUUUCUGACAUUGUGCAGAUUUAUAUUUCACUUUGUUUCUAACAUAAUUCUUAAAUUGUAAAAGAAUUUCAAGUGUUAACAACUGUGCCACUUGUUUGAAGGCAGGUAAGCUGAAAAGCAUGUAACUAUACCUGUCAUGGUAGACCAUCUUUAAAGCAGCUCUGUCACCCUAUACUUACUUUACUUCAAUCUGUUCCUCUUCCUAUUUCUAAUCUGUUCUUUUUUCCUUAUUCUUUUAUCUUUGUCUCCACUUGACAAAAGUCUGAGUGCCGUUGCCACUCAAUUAUGAGACAAUAUCUAUGGAGGUUCUCACGGGAUCCACCAUAGACUUCAGUGUUAUACUCUUGUGCGUGCAUUAGAGUACAGCACAGAGAUGGGCUCCUGGCAGAUGAAGUGCCAAGAGCAGAAGAGGAUAUAAUGGAUACUGAGGGACAGCUGCAGGUAGGUAAAACGUUUCUUCCCCUGUUACCACAAGACACCAAGCAGCGAAGUUACCAUCAGGGAUAUUGGCAAAUUAGGUUAAAGUGCAAAAAUUUGACAGUCCCUUUAAUUCUCAUCUCUACGUCAUGCCAGCAGAAAUACUAGCAAAUGUAUGGAUUACAUUUAAUGUCCCUCUCCUAAAUAUCAAUAAGUCCUAUGCAAAAAUCUCUCUCUGCCAGAGGCAUGCAAGAUUAAGCUAAUAAUUGAGUGGCAGGGGAGAGCAGGAGAACCCUCCCCAUUGGAUUGCUGCCACAACGUUCCUCUACCAGCAAUCAUUUCUUCCACUCACAGGGGGUGUUUGUGGUGCUCUGACAUACUGGGGAGGACAUGCAGAAGUGUGCCCAAGAAGGGUCAAUUGUAUCUGAGAUACAGCAGAACAAGAAUGUGGAUGUUACAACAGUGUAACAACCAAAAAAAACUUUUUAGACUGGUGGCACAAGAGGGGUAGCUGCUAUUCUAAAGCAAAAAAAAGUAUGGUUUGUCACUAUGAUUUAUAUAUUUACUGCUUUAGGAGCUAUUGUAUGUUAAGAUGGCAUGGUCACUUCACAAGUAUGCUCUAAUUGUUUAUCUAUUGUUAACCUGUUCUAAGUCUCCUCCCAUGUCCUCUCCUAAUAUAACUUGAUUGAAUGAACUUUUCCAGUUCAAUAGCAGUAUAUAUGUGAAGUGUAUGAUCGAGACAAUAGUUGGUAAUAUACGUUUCUUAAGAAUAUCUUUUUGCCAAUUUAUGUAUGAAUACCCACCUAAUAAUCGCAUUUUCAUUUCAAUCUCAUUUACAUUACCUAUUUCCUGUAUAAAUUAAUUGUUGGAUAUACUCUUCUAAUGAGCUUAUUAUUUGUGUUUCAGUGGACCAAAGCGAUAUGACUGGACUGGGACCACUUGGGUGUAUUCUCAUGACGGCAUUUCCCUUCAUCACUUAUUAGCACAAGAACUGUCGAUCGCAUUAAACACAAAAAUAGACUUAUCUGCUCUAGUAUAUUCUGGAAAGCACACAACAUAAUGGAAAAUUCAACAUUGUUCACAGACUACUGCAUCAAAAAUGUGUUUUGUUUUUUACUUUUUUUGUUUGCUUUUGUUUGCAUUAUAACUGUCAACAGAAAGGUCAAAUGAUAUAUUUUUUACAAAUAUGUAAUUCCGUUUGAUUUGUGCAAACCCACUUGAUAGUUACAAUUUUUAUGUAAAAUCUUUUUUUAUUUAUUGAUUUUUUAUUUAUUUUUUGAGGGGAAAAAAAAAAAAACCUUCUGAGAGCAUAACAUUGAGUAUAGAUGCUCAUCUCAAAAUAGAUAUUUAAGAUAAAAUAGUGGGGAAAUGAUGGCAAAAGACAAGUGUGUAUUUUAAAUGAAUGUAAACCUUGAUAAUGGGCAACUCUAGCAAAACAUCAAACAUGGUUGUAGAAGGGGGAUCAGGGGAAAGGUUAGAGUAACUCAGUGGUUCAUAAAGCGAGGACAAGAAUGCAUACAUAGACAUGGUGCAAAUAUAACAAUUCGACCUGUGACACCAGUAAAUUGUGAAAAAAAGUUAAUUAACUUUUAGAUACACAGCCUCACAAGGUUACCUACCCGAUGGUAACCGACCAAAAUAGAUAUAUACAACACAGAGAAUUUAGGGAUCCCGCUGAUGUACCUAAAAACAAGGAUAUAACAGUGGAAUAUUUCCUGAAACAAAGAAAGAAAUGUGUGUUGCAACUGCACUCUCAAAUUUAAGAUGGUUUGAACUCCUUGGUAGUGCCACCCUCGAUGUCAAUAGGAGGCUAAAACUCCUUCUUAGUGCUUGCCACACACUGGACUGACAGAUUCUCUAAAAACUCCAAAUAGAUAUUUAUUGGCAUAUAGCUUAAAAAAAAUAAAAUAAAUAAAGUGUACCAAGUGCUAAAAGAACAGGUCUUAAUUGAUUGUUUUAUAUGCACUGGUCCCUAAGGAAGUUCUCAAAAGAGAACAAAACGCGUAGGACCUGUUCUUUUAGCACUUGGUACACUUUAUUUCUUAAAUGUAUAUGCUAAUAAAUAUCCUUAUUUGGAAAAUACCGGUACCUCUGAAAUUAGUUUUUUGAGAACCUGUUAGUCCGAUUUUUGGUAAGCACUAAGGAGGAGCUUUAGCCCCCUAUUGACAUAGAGGGUGGCACUCCUAAGGCGUUCAAAUCAUCCUAAAUUUGUGAGGGAGAUUACAAAACCUGUUUGUUUCAGGCAAUAUUGUACUAUGUCAUAUCCUUGGUUUUUUAGGUAUGUCAGCGUGAUCCCUAAACUCUGUGUUGUGUAUAUACAUAGGCAUGUGCCUAUAGUGUCCUUUUAAGAAAGCUUUAAAAAAUAUUGUUUUAGGAAUACUAUAGUGUCAAGGAUGCAAAUGUCUUCGCCUCACCUUUAUCCCAGUGCCCUGCUUCUCCUUGGCUGAGCUCAUCAGAUUUGAUGAUUUCAGACAAUGCAAUUUUUUCCCAUAGGAAAACAUUGAAUGCCAAAAUGCACUGAUCAGCAUCUCCUCGUAAAGAUGUACUUAAUCAAUGCAUCUCUGGGAUUAAUGUUCUGCACCUCCAUGCAGAACACUGAGAUGCUGAAAGCCAGUGGUGCACAUUGUGCAGCACUGACCCAGGAAUCACAUCUAGUGGCCGUCUGAGUGACUGCCACUAAAGAUGGUUAUAGGCAGUAAUGUAAACACUGCCUUUUCUCAGAUAAGGCAAUGUUUACAUUAAAGAGCCUGUAUUAAAAGGCAGUAGAAACCAGAACAACUACAUUAACCAUGGUAAUGUUGAUUAAGUGCCUUCUCCUCACAGCAAAAAGGACAGGGGGAAAAAAAACGAAGAAAUUAUUAGAACUAUGACAACGCAAUCCCUAGCAGACAGUCUUUGUAUAACAAAGCUCCACAACCCCACAGAAAUGUGAACAUAAUAGUGCAGUGAUAAUCAAGAAAAUAAAAUUCAUGGGAACAUUUCUACUUUUCUGACCAGGUAGUGGACGGCAUUAAAUAAGGAAUAAAUAUAUAUAUAUAUAUACACACAUAUACUUUUGCAUUAAUAUAAUAAUCCCUGUGGUUUAUCUUAUAUUAGCCCUUCAAACAUUUUUAAGGUGUGAACAGAAAACCAGUUGACUAAUAAAUGGAUAUCUCCACUAUUUCUGAGAGGAAACGUCUGGUCGGCAAUCCCAUUUUGUUCUAUCACAUAGGUCAUCAUGAAUAAGCCUUAAAUUACAGUAAAGUAAAAUUUACCAAAAUGAGCAGAUCUAUAAAAAGUUACAAAGUGUUAGUGUCAUACUCAUUGGAUUAUUACAAACCAAGCUACUGGAAGAAGCAAGUUAACUCUGUAGAAAGAAGGGAAUAGAUUCCUAACAAGGUAGUAUCAGGAAUGUUGAGCAGUUAAUGAGGGUACUGUAGAAAAUACAUAUACGUACUGCGGUAGACCCAAAAGAGGAAACCUCCAGAAUAUGAACAUUCCAAGCACCAUUAUGACUACAGUGUGCAAUUUGAGAACUGUUUACUUCUUACCUGGAGUGGAACUGGUGCCACUCAAGAG